AUGAGAGAAACAAAGAGCGGCUUGCAGCAGUCUGGAGCAGGGCCAAAUCUCUCAAAGAGUUUCCAUGGUAUGCGGCUGCAGCAAUUAUAAAAUACUUCAAAAACUGACUGGGUCAGUUGAGAUAAAAGUAUAAAAGAUUAAAAAAGAUUAAAAGAAGUCCGAAGAGCACCGGUAAGCGCGUCUUACCUCGGCGCCAUGUUGGCUCCUCCCCAUUGAGGAGUAUAUUUUAUAUUAAAGCAAUGCCCACUAUACUGACACCAUGAUUGACAAAAAUGAACCACAGAAAAAGUUCAGCUUGGCAGCUAUCGUUACACAACUGCCAGCAGUAAAAAUAGGUGCAAUCCAUUAAGUGUUGCACAAUUACACCCUCCCUUUGUUUCAGUUGGAGAAUUAAGGAUUUGCCUAACUCUUCCUUAGUGAAAAUAAAAAAAAAAUUAAAAUUGCUACAACACUUGGUUAAAUAUGCUCCCACCUUAGACAAUAUGCUCCUUAACAUGAUUUACUCAUAUUUUAUAAUAAUUUAACUAGAAUAGUGCUACGCUUGUUUAAGAAUAACAGCACACACUUCGUGAUUUAACAGCACAAUAUUUAUAUGCAUGGGAAAACAAUCUCAUGCCACGAAACAGAUGUUACAGAAAGUCUCUUGCUGAGAAGAAGCAACCUUGUGGAGCUGGAUUUUUUUUAAAUAGAAAUCCCCCACACUGAGAAGAAUUUACAGACUUAUUUAUAGUUAAGUAUUAUUAGCUUGAAAACUUCCAUUAACGAGUCUAGCAAGAAUUCUACAGUCUCACUGAGAAAAAGAAGCCUUCUGUUUAGUGUUUUAGAAAAGACAGAAAUAUUUGGCGACCUUUCUGCUCCCAAAAGCUUGCUUUUUGGCAAACACGGCAACAGAUAUUGGAGUAGAGUAGUGGUUGUGACCACUAGCCACUUCUGACCAAUAGCCUAGCAGUCUCAAAUUUCAGUGCAAUGUCAAAAUUUAGUGCCUCUCACCUUCCAUUCUACAUCAUAGUUGUUGCAUCCCCAAACCAGUCGUGCUCCCCUAAAUCCACCUCCGGCCUAACACAGACCCAGAUUUUCUAGUUUUGCUACCCUUGGAGUCAAAGGCUAACACGCAGAGAGUGCAGGCAGGCGUCUUGGUCAACUGUAUGAAAAGCUGCUCCCUGGCAAAUUUUGCUAAAAAGUGAAGGAGCAGCGGUGCCCUUUUCAAUGAGGCCCAUUUUUGGGAGAGAGGUGCAUGCUUACUCAGAAGUAAGUCCCACUGUGUUCAAUGGAGCUUACUCCUAGACAUCGUUGUGUACAGGAAUGUAGCCAAAAUUGCAAACAAGCGAACUAAAACAGUGGCUACUGUAGGCAUAACUAUGGAUUCAGCUCUACAGCCGCAAAUAAAAUGUUUUAAACGUGCAAUAUACAAAUGUGACACUAGAUGGCGACAUUGAGCUAUGCCAAAUUCAAUGUAUUUUCCAAAACGUUUUCACUUUCACAGUGUUUUUUAUAUGUGUGUAGAUUCCAUCUAUAGCAAUGGCAUUCACAGUCAGGAGCUGCUGACUACAGCCUCAUGUGUUGAGCCAUGUUACUGCAGUUUUUCACUUAGGUACUGUACCAAGAACUGAUUGCUGGCUCUUUCUGGACAGGCAGGAGUAUAAUAGGGUUUUGGGUUACAGCAACAAGGGUUUGCUUAAGCAACAAGGUCUCUCUGUGCUCUAGUCUUGCGCUUUGGUCCUGACUUCUGGGUUGUUCCCCAAUCCUGUCUUCUGGUUUGCCCUCUGCCCCUGAAUGCUUUCCGCUCUUGAGUCCUAACUAGCUCUCCAACCCUGCCUUGUGGCUGCCAUCAGAUCCUGACUGCCUUUUGAUUCCUGGGUCCUGAGAAGAUGGAGGAGUUCGGUUUCUUGAUUAUGAUUGAGUAAUAGCAGCAGAAACUAAUGCAAAAGUACCAGAUGGUGAGGCAAAUAACUUCACUGGAAGAGUGACAUUAUCCCGAGAACUUCCACAGAAUAGUUAUGAGGAAAUAGGCAUAAUACAGAUUGCAAACUGAAAGGGCUAAACAGCAAAGUAAUCCAACUCAAACACCUCUAGCCAUUAAGAUUUAUUCAUCAAGACUCCCCUGACCCUGAACCAGGAGUAGUUAUUUUCCAACAUUUGGGUUUAGCUCAGAAUCCAUAGCGGAAAGCAGGACUAGAUAACUCAUAGAUCCUUCCCCAGUCUACAGUUGUAAACAUGCCUUAUUCACUCAUAUUAUUCUUUUCCAAGUGACUAAGCACAGUAGCAGAAGCAACAACAUUUUCUUAGGCCAAAGGCACAGUAGUUCCAAUUAUCUAGAAGGCACCAUGUUGGCUACCCCUGCCUUACAUUGUCUUCUAGGAUCUGAGACUGGCGUGUCCCUCUCGAUAAAUAACUUUGUCUUGCCCUGUAGUUAGACCCUCCUACACCAGACAGAAUUCCUCCAGUUAGGACAGAAUAUCUGGAUGGACUUGUAAAGAGGUAAAGGCUUUCUGGGAAAUGAUAUACAGUGGUACCUCUGGAUGCGAACAGGAUCCGUUCCGGAGCCCUGUUAGCAUCCUGAAGCGAACGCAACACACGAUUCAGCACUUCCGCGCAUUCGCGUGACGUCAUUUUGAGUGUCUGCGCAUGCACGAGCGGCAAACCCCGGAAGUAACGCAUUCCGUUACUUCUGGGUCGUUGUGGAGCGCAACCCGAAAAUGCUUAACCCGAAGCUACUUCAACCCAAGGUAAGACUGUAUAAUGAGUUAAAGAAAAUGUUUAAAAACACUUUUGUUAAAAAACCAGAAGCCUUUUUACUGGGUACAGUGGGCGAAGAGAUACCAAAAAAAGAUAAAAGACUGUUCAUGUAUGCAACAACAGCAGCAAGAAUCCUUUUAGCCCCAAAAUGGAAACAACAAGAAGUACCAAUGAAAGAAGAGUGGCAGAUGAAGAUGAUGGACUUUGCAGAACUGGUGAAGCUGACAGGAAAAAUCCGAAACCAUCACAAUCAAGUAUUCCAAAAAGACUGGAGUAAUUUAUACAAUAUUUGAAAGAUCAUUGUAAGCAAUUAACAACACUAGUAGGGUUAUCUGAAUACUUGUAAUGAGAUUUUUUUUACCUUUCUACGUUUAUUUAAACUUUGAGGUAUUUUGUAAUGAGUAAAAUUAGAAUUGGAAAAUAUAUAUAAUGCUGUGAUAUAAAAGUUACUUCUGAAAGCCAAGAGGUGAGAGGGAAGGAAGUUGACAGGUCUAAAGAGCCAAAGAAGUAAAGUGGAUAAUAAUGAUGUGAUUAUAUAUGCUUAAAUGGAAAAUAAAUAAAAAAUAUUUCUUUAUUUUUUAAAAAGGACGGAAUAUCUGGAAGGGAGUGGACACAUAUAAAUACACAAGAAGGUAAUUUUAAUUUAUUAGUUUCUCCAUUUUCAAUCUUAAAUUCAGUUCUGCACAUUUCCACAUCUGUUCACAAUUUUUUAAACAGAAAAGUCCUCAUGAAAAUCCAUCAACAUCUUAACGCGCAUUUCUCCUAAUAUUUGUAUGCACUUUUGCCUAAUAUACAUUUUUUUUUUGUAAAGCAAUUUUCCAUAAGCCAGUGCAUUUUUGUAGACACUUUGGUUCAAUAGGUGCAUAUGUGUGUGUGUGUGUAUUACUUGUCUGGAGAAUGACAUUGCAAUAUUCGGAGAGCUAUGAAAUGUGAAAGAUAGCUGUCUCAUUUCCCGUACUGUUUUGAGAAAUGCGAAUGAGAGAUGUUUGCCUUUAAAUACGAAGUGAAUUGAAUUCUUUCCCCCAUUGUUGGUCCUGACAUGCAUUUGCCUUUUGAAGAGUCACAACAUUCCUCACUGCUGGGCUAUAAUAACUCUUAAGUAACCCAUUAGUAAAUUUACCAGUCACCUGGAGGUGGUGAUGAGGGAAUGCUGUGCUGACACAUCUGGAAGGUGCUAUAAAUAGCUUGGAAACAAGGGAGGAACCUGCAAAGAAAAAGGUGAAUCGGCCACAUCAUGGUGUUCGAAAAGAUGAUCAUGUAAUCAGAAACAGUAACAUGGACAGCUCACGUUCAUUGCAAGGCUAUAGAUAAGUGAGUAAACUACUUACGAAAACAGGAUUUCUGUGUUAUUUAUUUAUUACCUGCCCUUCCCCCUAGGUUCCCAGGGCAGGUUGCAACAUUAAAAGACAAGAUUAAAAACAGUUUUAAAAUGACUUACAACUGUACAAGAUAACGUAGGUCCUAAAAAUAUACACCUCAAGUGUCAAAAGCCAGAGCAAAGAAGUGUGCCUUCAGCAUUCUCCAGAAGCUGUACAAUGAAGCUGCCAGACACAACUCUGUGGGGAAGGAGUUCCACAGCUUAGGGGCCACCACAGAGAAUGCCCUGUCAAAUGAUGCGCGCGCACACACACACACACACACACACACUCAGAGCCUCUGAGGGCCCCUCUGCCAAUCUAAGCACUCAAGAGUCUGUAGGAAAGGAGGUGGUCUUUCAGAUAUUUGUGUGAGAAAAACAGCACAAAUUCAUCUCGUCCAAUUUGUCCAAUUUACAUUCAUUUAAAGUGUGGGGAAUGAUUGCAUGGAUUAGAUAUAGCAACGCUGCUACAUCUUUUCUCGGAAUUGUUUGCAUUUAGGCACACAAUUCCUUUCAUGCAGUUUAGCAGGCAAAAACCAACCAACCAACCAACCAACCAACCCAGAAAGAGAAGGAAAGAAAAUGGGAGGCAGACAAAGCUUUGUAUGUAGAGGGAUGUAAAAUACUGGCAGGAGGCAGUGCCACAGCAGGGGAAGUAUCUCAGUAGGGAUGUCUGGUGUCGCAGGAGCACAACACUUCUCUGUCAGCCCGCUUAGUACUUCCCCUGGAUCUCAUUUCAUGGAGCCCUUCCUAAUUCAUGCAGGUGGCAAUGAUUAAAAAAUGCUGUGUGGGGGGAAUUGAGAGUGUUAAAAAGAAGUGGCAGAAAGAGAGGCAGGAAAGAUGGUGGCAGAAGAUAAAGGGGGUGGACCCACCCAUCUCUAGCCCCAAAAUGAUUACCUCCAAGAAUAGCAAUCUUUUUUCAUUGAUAGGCACCCACCUGCACAUGUGGUGGGAAUGCCAAGAAGUUCAAGAAUCUUGGAAGCUUUUUGCAGAAAUUUCUGAAAUAGUAAAACAAGAAACAAAAACUGCUCAUAUGCUGUACUUACUGAACUUAUUUGAGGUCAUUCAAUUCAAAACCGUACUGAUUUUAACCACUGAUUUCAAAACUGCAUUGAUCUUUUGGUUUCUUUGAAUUCCUAGCAACGUUGGGUAUAGGGCUGCUAGUUAUUAACAGAGCAUCACCGGUGUAAAAGUACUUUAUGGAAUAACAUAAGCAAAAAUAUAGGUUUAUUCACUGAGAAGUUUUGCAAUUUACAUUUUGAUAGUGGGAAAGACUAUCAAAAUUAGAGAGAGGAGACUGAAGCAUUAAACAAUGGAAGAGAAUGUGCAAAUGCAACCGCCUUUACAGUUUCCCUUGAAGGAUGAGGCACAGUAGGUUAAGACAAAGGUUUCCUGGAAGGCAUAGGUUUUGAGGAGGAAUGUGAAGGAAGAAAUGACAUUGCAUAGGUGUUCUGGGAGGGUGUUCCAAACAACCAAAGGAGCAGCAAGAGUGAGGGUAGCAGACAGUGGUCAUUUGUCUAUUUUAUCUGAAAUCAUUUCUAAACCAUUUAAUAUACUGAGAUAUCACAGAAUCAUAGAGUUGGAAGGGACCCUGAGGAUCAUCUAGUCCAACCCCCUGCAAUGCAGGAAUAUGCAGCUCUCCCAUACCAGGAUUGAAUCUAUAACCUUGGUGUUUCAGCACCACACUCUAACCAACUGAGCUAUGAGGGAAGAGCUAUAAGGUAUGGCUACCAGAUGUCCCGGUUUCCCGGGGACAGUCCCUGGAUUUACAAAUCUGUCCCCGGACAAAAUCCAUCCCCAGAUUUCAUUUAAUGUCCCCGGAUUUAUAUUUUAAGUGUUGUAGAUUUUUUAGUAGGGAAUGAAUGUUGUGCGAUUGGUUCAACAGCACAAGACACAUCAUAUGGGGACUUCUGGCGAGGCAAAAUGGCGGGUGCCACAGCAGCGAGCAGCUCCUGAAGCCAGCCAGAGCCAACUGUGCUACCAGGCUGGCUCUGGGCUGCUGAGACUGCCGCUGCUGAGGGGGAACUGGGGCUGCCCGGCGCGUCAACUGGGGGAACCACUGACCCCCCCCCCUCCAUGACCCAAAUCAAGCCAGGAGCGAGAGCGCCCGGCCACCUGGCUGACUGCCCAGCGGCGCUCCAGGGCCAGUAAAAACCCUGGAACCAAUGCAGGGAGAUUGAGGAAAGGAGAAGGAGGAGAAAGAGAGAGAAAGAGGAAGGAGAAAAAAGAGGGGAGCCUCGACCUUGCCACGCUGCUGCUGUCACCGCUGCUGAGAAAGAGAGGUAGGAGAGCACUGGGAGGGCAAGGACACGUGGCCGAGCCCAGGCCCGACCCAAGACUACUCCACGGCAGAUAGUGCUCCAAGAGAACAGGCCAGGGCCCAGAGGAAGGCCGCGUGACAGAGGAGACCCAGAAGAGAAGAUACUACUUCUUCUUUUUUAAAAAAAUAUUUUUUAAAAAUCACUUUUCUUUUCAAAAAAAAGAAGUGUCCCCGGAUUCUUUGAAAAAAUUCUAGUAACCUUACUAUAAGGGGAGCAAAGUAUGGAAUGUUAGAAAAAUGUUGGAAUGAAGUUAUAUGGCUUUAGUAGAAACGUUAUAAGGAAUUAAGUAUAAAUAGAUUAAUAGAGUAUUAAAGGAAAAAAUAAGGUUAGAAUGAGUUAAGAUAAUUAUAGAAUAGAAAACAGAGGAAGAUGGAAAGGAAUUGCUGAAAUAAUUAACAGAAGUGGAAUACAAAAAGGGAGGUGCGAGGAGGUCGUGGAAAUAAGUGAAUGAAAGAUGGGAUAAUGAAAUUGUUUGAUUUAUUUUAUUGUUUUUGUUUUGUUUUGUUAGUUUAAUGUAUUGUAUUGUAUUGUCUUUUUAGUGUUUAAAUUUUUGGAAAAGUAAUAAAUAUUUUUUUUUUAAAAAAAGCAAAGUAUGGAGGGUAUUGAAGAAAGGACAUUGUUUGCUUGUUAGGCUGCAUGCAGAGAGAGAACCGGGGUAUGGGUUUAAAGAGGGGUGCCACAUGGUCUGAACUUUGAGGUGAAUGAUUUUGGCAGUAAGGUUCUGGAUAAAGGACACAGGCUUAAGGUGUGGCAAUGGAAAGCCCAAUAGGACAAAGUUGCAGGAACCGAUAAACGAGAUCACCAGACCCAGAAGACUUCAUUCUUUGAUGUUUGUGCAGCUGAACAAACAAAACCCAAAGAGAAAAGCUGGGCACACCCAAGGCUUGAAUGGAUCCUGCUAGGAAAGUUGACUUGCUUUCACUUCAGAAAAGACGCCCAACCCAUACAGUACCAGAAGCAGGCUGCAUCUCAGAAACAAGACUUAGUGAAUUCAGUGGGGCUUCUUCCCAGCUUUGUGGUGUUAGGAUCUUACCCUGAGUUUGACAUAAUCAUGGAAUUGGAAGGGACUCCUAAGGGUCAUCUAGUCCAACCUCCAAUGUAAAAAUCUCAACAUGAGACACGCCCCAUCCAAUUUGCAAUGUACCAGACCCUGCUUAGCUUUGCAAAUGUGCUAGCAGUUUAAAAACCCCCGCUGUGCCACUAGAUUCAAUGCAGUUUGUCAUAGCUGGAGUGAUGGAGUUUGAGACAGGGGCAAGUUCAAACUCCUAGUGGGCACAUGGAAGGAGUCAUAGAGAAAUAAGUGGGUGACGCUGUGGGUUAAACCACUGAGCCUUGGGCUUGUCGAACAUAAGGUUGGCGGUUUGAAUCUUCGUGACGGGGUGAGCUCCCGUUGCUCAGUCCCUGCUCCUGCCAACCUAGCAGUUCGAAAGCACGUCAAAGUGCAAGUAGAUAAAUAGGUACCGCUCCGGCGGGAAGGUAAACGGCGUUUCCGUGCGCUGCUCUGGUUCGCCAGAAGCGGCUUAGUCAUGCCGGCCACACGACCCGGAAGCUGUACGCCAGCUCCCUUGGCCAGUAAAGCGAGAUGAGCGCCGCAACCCCAGAGUCGUCCGCGACUGGGCCUAACGGUCAGGGGUCCCUUGACCUUUACCUAAGCCCCACUUCACAUGUUACUUUCAUCUUCAUGGCUAGAUGAAGAUGAACCGCUGCGCCACACUGUUGCCCUCAGGUCCUGGUUACUGGCCUCCCAAAGGUCCCAAAGUUGGCCACUGCGAGAACAGGACGCUGAACUAGACGGGCAAGCUUUUCUUAUUAAGACAAAUAGGGAUUUCGUUUCCUUUCAGGUAAUUUCCAGGCAAUUAUACUGAUUGCAUCUUACAGAUUUACAACUUCCCUAUUCUUUGCAAAGCACCUGCAAUACCACUUUUUUUAUAAAAAAAACUCUUUGGGAACGGGCGACAGUGACGCGUGUGAGGCGCCUAUUUACCACUUACAUAGCGCGGGGAGUGGGGAAGGUAAAUUCAGAUACUGUAAUCCUGAAUGAACAAGACCGGAACCCGAAUUUAGUUCGCCUCAGGAAGGGCGCGCGCGCGAGCUAGCGCUGCUCCAGCAAACUUCCUCGCCAGGUGCGCUGCUUCCCACCCAGCCUUCUCGCGCGCGCCUGGAAACGCAGCAGCUGGAGAAGCGUCCGCUCUCCCAAGCCGCGCCCUUUCUUAGCGGCGCUGGUAGGCAGGGGGCGGCGCCCGCCAGCCGCUCGCGCCCUUACCUGCGAGUCACGUGUUCGCCUUCCGGCAAGGGGCGGGGCUUCUUCUUGUCAGAGGUGUGUGUGUGUGUCUCUCUCCGCCUCCUUUUUUAAUUUGGCUUCCCUUUCUCUCAGGAGUAUCCCAAUUAGACUCUUCUUCCCUCAGACCUCUCCACGUCUCGCUCGACUUUUUCUCUCGCCUCCACUCCCCGCGCGGAGGAAGACACCUGGUGCGCGCCUCGCUUUCUGUGUGUGUUUUGCGCGCUGCCGGGAGAAGGAAGCGAGGAAGAGAGAGCGAGCAAACUUGAGAAACUUGUUUGUCCACUCCCCGGGCUGGCUCUCCGCGAGCGAGCUCGUUUUAAAAGGGGAACGGUGUGGGGAGGGGGAAAGGAAGGAAGGAGAGGGAGCCGCUGGCCGAGAAAAGCAUGAAAGCCAGCUGAGCAAAACAUCCCCCGCCUGCUUGGGAUUCUGCCUGGACACGGAGAAGAGGGUAAGCGAAAGGGGUGGCUAUUGUUUGGGAGAGAGAGGGAUGUUGGGAGGCGGAGGGAGGGGAAGGGGCUCCAGGUGUGUUGCAGCACAAAGGUAGGGGGACAACUUGGGGCAGAGUCCUGGGCUUUGUUCUUCUCACCUGCCCGUUGCAUGACAGCGCCACAACUCCCCCUUCUUCCAGUCUUUCCCAUAUCUCUCCAGCAAGAAGUUGUAUCAGAUGCUGGGCGGAGGUCGGACUGUACCUCUGACCUAAGCCUUCCACUUCAUUUUCGUUUCCUCUGUUCCUUCUCCCCACCCCGAAAAGACCGACCUUGUUUUUGAAGAGGGUCUUAUCAUUGCCUUUUCACUUCCUGUUGUUUGUUUGUUUUACCCACCCACCCCUUUUCAAUCUAUGCAAGGUUGUGUAUGUGGCAUGUAAUGUCUGGGUUGGUUUUUGAUUUGCAUCUCUCAGCUGUGUAAUCGGAAUGUGGACGGAUAAAUUCAGGAAAGCACACAUGCUCUGGACCAUAUUGCAACCAACUUGUUUUCCUGCUCACAAAUCUAACUGUUUCUCCAAUUAGAUCUGGAGACAUAAACAAUGUCUGCAGUCCACGCCUUCGGAGAUUCCUCCCUUUUCAUUUCCCGUUCACAGCUUCUCAAAUGGAUUUUCCUUAAUUCAGAUCCAGAUGAUGUUUAGGGAUGGCUGGCUGCCUGUUAAAUUUGUUUGGCGGAUUCUUAGUUAAUGAUCCGAGAUAAAUCGGUGCUGCUGUUCACUGAUGGAGGGGAUUGUUGGGGGGGGGGACGGUCUUCUGAUAGCUGUGAAUCUCUGUUUGUGAAUGAGGUACCCGUCAGAGUUAGAAGACAGUUACACGUGCACAUAUCCAGUUAUAGGUAGAGGCAGAGAAAGCAGGAACUCUAGUGUGAAGACACAAAGGCAGAGGGAGAGAGAGUUGUGAGUUAGUUGCAGGAAGAGGAUUUGGGGCUCAAGAGUUUUUUCCCCUGGGAAUGUGACACAGGGUGGCACUAAUCUACUGCCUUCGGCCUAUUUAUUUAAUUAUUAUUACAGUGGUACUUCGGGUUGCAGAUGCUUCAGGUUACAGACUACGCUAACCCAGAAAUAGUACCUCAGGUCAGUGGCGUAGCGUGGGUUGUCAGCACCCGGGGCAAAGCAAGUAAUUUGCGCCCCCUAACCCGUGGAUUUGCGCCCCCUAACCCUAACCCCCAGAUGUUGCGCCCGGUGCGGCCGGCCCCCCCUGCACCCCCCACGCUACGCCACUGCCUCAGGUUAAGAACUUUGCUUCAGGAUGAGAACAGAAAUCGCAUGGCGGCGGCGCAGUGGAAGGCCCCAUUAGCUAAAGUGGUGCCUCAGGUUAAGAACAGUUUCAGGUUAAGAACAAGACCUCCAGAACAAAUUAGGUAAAUUCUUAACCCGAGGUACCACUGUAUUAAAAUACCUGUCCAUAUCUGUCCUGUCGUUUCUUAUUAAAUACUGUGCUUUAUUUAUUUAUUUCAUAAAGUUUAUAUACAGCUUGAUUGUAAGAACCUCAAAGCUCAAAGUUUUGAUGUGUUUCUCUCCACCCCACCACUUUGAUCCAAAUUGAGAAGAAGAACCACCUAGCUAUGUUUUAAGUUGGUAAGGUGUACACAGCCCCAGAUACGCUGUUUAGUUUCUUGAUUUACCUAUGUAUUCAGCAGGUAAAUUAAGAUACCAAACAGCGGGGGUUGUGUACAUCUCACCGACUUAAAACAUAGCCAGGUUGUUGUUCUUCUCAGUUUGGAUCAAAGCAGUUUUUUUUUGUUUAUGCUCCAUGGACAAAUGAGAAAGGACUUUACUAUUCAGUUUCUAAUAGUAGAAUCCACCAUUUUCUACCUCUAUCCUUUCGGGUAUACACAAUACCGAAAGCAGUCGUUUUCCAGCCUGGUGUGCUCUUGAUGUUUGGCACACCAGCUUUAAUCAGGCCCAACCAGCCAAGGAUGGGGAACCUGUGGCCCUCCAGAUGUUGAUGGACUGCAGUUCCCAUCAUCGCCAACCAUUGGCCACACUGGCUGGGGCUGAAGGAAGUUGGAGUCCAAGAGCUGGGUGGCCGCAAGCUAUACGCCUUACAGUCACCUGCAGCCUCACUGCCUUGAAAGAUUACGUAGGUGGCCCCUACGAAAAGAGUAUUUUCUGUGGGAGGAGCUUGUCUUUGUCUUUAUGCGCUGGGUAAAAUAAAGAGGAUGGAAUGGUCAUGGGCAUUUGGAGGGAAAAGGCUUUGGGUAUCCCACCAGCCAUUGAACCCAAUAUGUUUUGACUAUACAGUGGUACCUCGGGUUAAGAACUUAAUUUGUUCCGGAGGUCCGUUCUUAACCUGAAACUGUUCUUAACCUGAAGCACCACUUUAGCUAAUGGAGCCUCCCACUGCCGCUGCGCUGCCAGAGCACGAUUUCUGUUCUCAUCCUGAAGCAAAGUUCUUAACCCGAGGUAAUAUUUCUGGGUUAGCGGAGCCUGUAACCUGAAGCAUAUGUAACCUGAAGUGUCUGUAACCCGAGGUACCACUGUACACAAUUUGGAUUUUAUGUACAGUCCCUAGAACGUAACCUCCAUGUAAGCUGAGUCACCUGUACGGAAAUCAGUUGAUUUAAGAGCUCCUAUAUCUGCAAUCUACCCCAAAAGCAGCUUCUAAUAACUAGCCAAAUCUCUCUAGAGAGGGAUUUCACUAUUUGGAAUGCUGCAACUAAAAAACAGAAAAUAUUGUUAGUUCAAUAUACGUACUACUACUGGCAUGGAUCUUCCUUGAAUGAGAUGUUGAGGUGCAUGGUGCAGAUAGAAUCAUAGAAUUGUAGAGCUGGAAAGAACCCCGAGGGUCAUCUAGCUCAACCCCUUGCGAUGCAAGAAUUGGCUAAUAACUUGUUCCUUAGAAUGUUUACUUGGAAAUAAGUCUCCCUGUGCUUAAUGGCAUCUAUUUCCAAGAAAAUGGGAGUAGGCUGCUUGCCUUGGGCAUUAGCUAUGCUUGUUAUGUGCUUUAACCUUUAUUCUGUGAUUGAAAUACGUGUUCCAGGUGUGGUAGAUAAAAAUGACCCCUUCCUGGUUGGAUAUUGCUUGGGCCAGAACAACACCGAAUAUCUAUAAGUGAUUCACUAGAGCAGGAAUUCAAGCAGGUCACAACCAGACUGCAGAGUGUGGUUAGUCUGGAGAUUCCACCCUUUACUCCAGAAUUCAGAGCAUCCUUCUUCAAAUAUGUGCACUGUUUGCCCAGAGCUUUAGAUCUUUCCAUGGUAGACAUGGCAUGUAAACACAAAGUACUAUUCCGAAGCGAAAGUGGGUUAUUUUCCAUCAAACAACAUCAGUGUAGUUUGAAGGGGCAGAGCAAAAAUUUAAUUCUUACCACCUCUUGUUUAUGUGGCUACAGGCUAUUUGCUUGUCUCUGGGGUAUAUGCUUGUAAAAUGACUCCAUGUGGCAGCUUCUUUCAGAUUCCUUUAGAAUAAUUUGGGCUGGCAUAGUUUGUAUUGCACCUGAAACAGAGAGGAUAAGGAAUAAUAGUUUGUGGCUGUUCGGGGAUUUUUUUGUUUUGUUAACUUGCUUGUUUAAACCAUUUGAAACACCUCUCCAUACCCAAUUAAUGUUACUGUUUUUUGAGUUUCUAUGCGGGGUAGGAAAAUAGACCAGCUGUUAGCUCUAUCAUAAGCCACUUUGUCUUAGUAAGCCAAGGUAUGCACGAGCCUUUUGCUUCCAUUGGCAUGAGCUGUGAUUAAACUAGGAAGCCUCUAAUUAGCCAUAGUUUCACACUCCUGUGGUAAACUGUAGUCACCAGCUACAGAAGGAGCCAGGAUCUUUCAUCAACUUUAAACCAUGGUUUAAGAGCCUGGCUUGUUUUGAAGCUGGUGACCAUAGUUUCCCAGUUUGGAGCAACACUAAACUGUGGUUAAUGAGACUUUCCUGUUCAGCUUCAGGUUAUAGUAAACAGGCUACAUGUGUGGGAAAAGACUCGUGCAUAUAUAUCUUCCCGACAACUGGAUACAGAAGCUAAUGGAAUAUGCAGAAAUGAUGAAACUUACUAGGGAGAGAAGAUAACAAUUUUUUAAGAAAGGAAUGGAAGUGGUUUAUUGAGUAUUUACAAACUGUAAACAGAUCAAGACAUUGGCAGGAUUGUUGUAAAAAAACCUGCAGUUUUAAAUAUAUAUAUAAAAGAUAUAUAUAGAAUACUGUAGAUGAUUAAAAGAAUAAGGCAAUUUGGAGUAUGCAGGAAAGGAUGAAAAUAAAUGUAAGGAACUGCAGAAAGAGGGGGAAGGGAGUCAAAAUUGAAAAUGUUAAAAAUAUGGUUAAAUAAAAGACUUGUGCAUAUAUUGACUUAAUAAGCUGAGGCACGAUGAUUGGAAGACAGCCCACAUCAGCUCUGAGCACAUUAUAAGUCCUGCAUUAGGAUUUAAAAAGAAACCUUUUUUUACUAUUGUCAGGGAUACUCAGUUCCCCUGGCCUCACUUGUGAGUAAACAAAAGUAGAGGUAUCUGCACUCACUUAUUAAAUUUUCUGGUGCCAUCAGUUCACUCAGAAUGCUUUCAGAGCCACCUGGUAGCUUAGGUUGACACCAAUUGCUAGAGACAGGAUAAACUUUACACUAAGAUGGUUGGUUUAUUAAAGGAAUAUUAGGUACACAAGGGAAUAUUUAUAUUGGGAUCAUAAAGGUGCUUGUUGACUGUUUCUGAAGACCCGGGAGACACUGUUGCUGACACCUGCCUCCAAGUGGCUUUUACCUCAGGCCCUUAUACCUCCGCCCUGACCAAAUACUCCCACAGCCCUGUCCAGCUACUGGGGACAAUCUGCCUCUGUACCCCAAAACUCCUCUAGCUGUAUUCCUGACUGUUUGGAUAGUUUAGGAAGAUUUUAAAAACCCGCUGCUGUCACAUUCCUCUGGUACACAGGGCAGUUGUCACUGGCUCCCUUCUCCAGGUCUUCACCAAAAAAGGUAUUAAUAAGAAACUGGGUAUUCAGUUCAGGCCUCAAUAUUUCUCCUCAGCUCAUCUCUGGUCUAUUUUUCACAUUACCCUCAUCAAAUCCAUUCUCCCCCAAACUCCUUAGCUGACAAAAUCUCAACUACCUCUCCCUCAACCGGCAGUUAACUCUCAAGCAACUAGAACCUCUGGCCAAUCAGAGUCUCCUUUCACCCAGACCAAUUAGUCCAAAUUCAUCCCAUUCCACCUUCACCUAAUGAAUUCUCAAUGCAAUCGUAUCUCUCUCUCUCUCCUCUCAGAACCUGUCAUCUUGCCGCACCGCUAACCAGGCUUGCAACAUCAUGACAGGAACAACUCCUUGAGCUUCCUUGGUCACAGAAUAUUUCCCCCUUCAGAAUACAAACAUAAGCAGACAUAUAUACAGCAUUUCUGUUCUCUGUUCCUGUUGCUUAACUCUGUCUUAAUUUUCACUGGAAAACUAGUGUUUGAAUGUUAAGAAUCCCAGGGGUUAAUCUAUGUAGGCUGGUGUGAUACUGCACUGGAGAGAAACCAACAAAGUUUCCAUUUAAGAAAGAAAGCUUAUUCUCUUGUCUUCCAGUCACUUGGAAAUUUAGCAGGAUAUAUUCAAUAUGUACAUUGUUUGGUCAUGCAUAACACUGCACACAGACAUGUCCAUAAUGAAACAUCAUAUAAGAAUUCCUGCUAACUAUCCUCUGUUUUGUUUUUUAAACACAUGUAUACUUUCUGACUGGUUAUGGAUUUUGUGUUCCACUCCUAAAUUCAUUAUUGCAAAAGACUUAACUUAUGCAGUCACUUGGAGAUGUUUCACACCAGCGUGUUUUUUCCACAGUAGUAGGGAAGAGUUGCUGUGAUAACAAAAGCUUGAAAACUUCCCUUGACUGCAUUAGAGGAGGAGAUGAGAGUACACAAGCCUGAGGUUUACUGUGGCAUAUAUGUGUCACACUAAACUAUGACUUAGUGUUCCUGACAUCCAAAUUUUGUGUGGCAUCCAAACAAGCUGUAGUCAGACUAGACCCAUUGAUAUUGCUGUAUAUCACUAACUUUAGGUCCAUUCAUUUCAGUGGGUCUUCACUGAAUAGAGAUUAGCUGGAUCCAGCCCUCAGAUGGUAUGUGGCACUUCCAUAGACUUGUUAUAACUAAUAGCAAUGGAAGGACUUGUGAUAUAUUUAUUAUAUAACCAGUUAAGCUAGUGGCCAUCAUCACAUCCUGUGGUACCGAACUCCAAAUAGGAGAGGAGAUAGAUAAAAAUGAUGAGGCUGUGGCCAGGCAUAUGAAAUGUGGCCAUUCUCUUAAGCUGCCGUCAGAUUCCAUUGUUGUAAAAAGCACUGGAUUUGGAAUGGAAAAUUUCUCACGUAAGACCGGUAAUUAGGAAUUAGUCACAGUUCACACAAGCCUUGUAUAAUUCUUUAGAGCAUGUUUAUGAGACAAUAUUUGAUAUUUCUCACGCGCCAAAAACAUCUGACUUAAAAAUAGUAGAACCAAAGCAAACAAGGUAUGAGUGAUUCAUGCUUUGUUUUAAUCCAGUCUGAGUAGAUCUUGUGAUACCUCAAAGCAGUAUUACCUUGGGAAGAAAGGUUGGUUGCUGAUUACCCAGAUCUAGUCUAUUUAUAGUAUAAAAUCGGUAUGCAAAGCCAAAUGACAUCUGUUAAAUCAUAGAAUCACAGAAUUGUAGAGUUGGAAGGGACCCCAAGAAUCACCCUAACCUUAUUGGUUCGAGCCGUACUCUCCAGAGCAGGAGAAAACAAGCUUGCUCCAUCUUCCAUGUGACAGCCCUUUAGAUAUCUGAAGAUGGCUAACAUAUCUCAGUCUCCUCUUUUCCAGGCUAAACAUCCCCAACUCCCCCAUCCAUUCUGAUAAGGCUUGAUUUCUAGACCCUUGAUCAUCUUGGUCACCCUCCUCUGUACAUGUCCUGCCUUUUCAAUAUUCUCCUUGAAUUGUAGUGCCCAGAACUGGACACAAUAUUCCAGGUGUGGUCUGGCUAAGGAAGAAUAAAGCAAUGCUAUUACUUCUCCUGGAGGGCACAAGGAGAAGGGGACAACAGAGGACGAGAUGGUUGGACAGUGUUCUCGAAGCUACCAGCAUGAGUUUGACCAAACUGCAGGAGGCAGUGGAAGACAGGAGUGCCUGGCGUGCUCUGGUCCUGGGGGUCACGGAGAGUUGGACACGACUAAACGACUAAACAACAACAUUACUUCUCUUGAUCUGGACACUAGACUUCUGUUGAUGCAGCCUGGAAUAGCGUUAGCCUUUUUCUGCUGCUGCAUCACACAGCUGACUCGUGUUAAGCUUGUGGUCUACUAAGAUCCCUAGAUCCUUUUCAUAUGUACUGCUGGCCGUCUAGGUGUCCUCCAUCUUAUUGUUACAAGUUUCGGGUGCCAGCGUUUGUGGGUCCUGCUGUCUUGUUGCAGCUAGGGCAGGGAGGAUGUGUGUGACUUUCACUUACCCUUCCUUUCUCUCCCCACAUUUUCCUCCUCCUGUGGGUAGUGCAAGGAAAUUAGCAUUGCAAGGUUUAUGGCUGGCAUUGUUGAGGACUCCUUUGCAGGGCAUAUCAGGGAACAAACAGGCUUUAGGAUCCUGCAGGUUCUUAUUUGCCUCAGUAAGUCCUGCUUAAACUCUCAUCGACAGUGAAGCAUUGCUAGUGGGAGAGCUUUCCAUCCUCGUAUCAGGCCUCUCUCACCACCAGCAGAACAGCGCUUAUAUCCUUCCUACAGAUGCUCUGGGUGAAGGGCUCUGCUUUUGCAGAAGAGCAUCUGAGCGUGCAGAAGAUCCCAGAUUCCUGGCAUCUCUAAGUAGGACUGGGGAAAACCACCACAAAUUCCCGAAGAACUACUGCUUGUCAACGUAGACAAUACUGAGAGUUGCCAUAGUACAAUCACUCUGCAUAAGGGAUCUUCCUGUGUUCCUAAAUGCCAGCUGUAGGAUUGCACCUUUAGUGUCUUGUUCGGAAGUUUGCUUCCUAAUUGCUGCUCAACCUUGCAACCUUAACUUUAUUCAAUCUUUAAAAAUUGUUUUCUUCUCUUGUUCUCCCUUGGGCAAUCUACCAAUGUUCUAGUCCCCAGGCUUGCAGGUUACAAUGAAGACUUAGGUGAACUACUUGCCUGCCAAGUGUCUUGGCCUCCUCGUUAAUUUUGCAGUUUCUGCUGUAGCCUGAGAGCUCUUUACUGAGAUGACAGAUUUGAUUGUGAAGCAGGUGUGUGUGUGUGUGUCUUUCUUUUUUUUUAAGAGUACAAAACCCCAUUCAACUGUUCUUGGCUUCGUCCUUGUCGAUGACACCAUUCCAAGUUAAAUGAGUUUUUACUGCUGUGUUUUUAAACACAGUGAAAUUACGACGAAACUAUUGUCUCCUUCCCUUGAUAAAUAUCUGAUCUCAAUAGACACACUCUGCAAUAAUAAUAAAAAAGCUAUAGAACAGGGGUGCAGAAUCUUCUUCAGCACAAGGGCCACAUUCCCUCAAAGGCAAACUUCCAGGGGCCACUUGCCUGUGGUGGGCAGGGCCCAGUGUUCGAAACUCUAGGUGCAUUUUGCGACAGAAAAUUUCAUUGGGGCCAGCAAUUUCUGAGCUCUGGGCACGGUAUUGCACCUCAGAUUUCAGAUUAAAACUGCAUAGUGGAAGGAAAGGAAGACCUUUUCCUGCUUCCCCACUUCCAGCUACUGUCUGAAGACUGGAGAAGAGACCAUCUUAAGAAUAUUAAGGGGGUGGGCAGGGGAAGGACUAGACCACGUGAAAAAUGAACAUAAUAUUUUAGCUGCAGUUUGUUUAUUUUCGGCUUUGUAUUCUUGUUAUUAAAAAGCAUGCCUAGACAUUCCGUUGUUGCGCCCAUAACCUAGGUUUAAGGUGCCGUUUUGCUCCUAGCUUUCAUAUCUAACACUGGUGGGGCCAUAGGCAAAAGUGUGCAGAGCAACAGACGUGAUGCUUGGCUUUGUGCGCUAGGCUGCACAAAAAGUCAAAGGUCUCUGCAUGCACAUAUAUCCCCAACCCUACCUGUUCCUCUAAUUUUUUAAAGGUCUCAGUGCUUUACUUCUGUGCAUAGAGCAGGUUGUUCCCAUCAGUAAUAUUAAGAAAUCGUUCUUGAGAGAUACAGCCUUUGGCUUUACACGAAUGUCUUCAGAACUGGUUUGCUUUCUGUUGAACUUUACAAGUGUAAAGUUCAAACGUUCUGCAUCUUUGCAGUAGCGAAGUUUCCUGUACAAGGGAAUACAGUUGGGAAAGUGCUGUUAAAGUGCACAAACUACCUAUCCCUUUUCAUGCGUCAUAGGCGUUUUCAGUUUGCCCAGUACUUGAAUGGCCCCAAUAUAUCUUAUCUCACUUUUAUGUGAUAUCUUGCUAUCUGCUCAGUCCUGUUGGUGCAUGCCAAGUUGAUCAGGGAAAACCAUGUAUGAAUGAUUAAUUGACUUUCACGAGUCCUUUUCAGGCAAAAGCUACACGUUACUCUAAUUGUGUGGUUAGCAACCUCGUCUGGGUACUUUGGCCGUUUUCAUUAGGACUACAGCCUGCAGAGAAGAGGAUCUGGUUUGAUAACUUGCUGGAAUUGGUUCCAUGACUUGGUAAACCAAACCAUGACUUACUGCCAUUUUGCUCCUCUGUGGGCCUUUUUGUUCCUGAGCUUCCCUGAGCUAUGCCAAGGUUUGGCUUAGCAUGUUGUCUGAAUCUGGGCUUGUGGUUAAGUGCUCUCCUCGCUUAUCAGAAGCAGUAGUCGAGAAGAAACCUUGGCUACAGUGAGGACAGAGCUGAACCACAAGCAAGGGUUGCAGAUGACAUGCUAAGCCAAACAUUCAUUCUGCUGCAAAGCAUAUUGUCCAUUGUAUUACUUAAUGUUUACUUUCUAUAAAGGUCAUGGUAGGAAAUGUUUUGUGAAAGAACACAAAGUGAGACUGUGUACUUUUUUAUAUAUAAUAAACAUAGUAAAACAUACAAUAAUAAAAUAAUGGUUAAAAUCACAGUUAAAUCAUCAUCAGCAAUAUAUAUUCUCUGAUGGGACAGUAAAAGACAAAGUCACUUAUGAUCCAAAAGUUUGGACAAAUAAAAAUGUAUUUUAGCUUAUGGUUACCACAAAAACCACCACCACCACAACAACAACAACUGAUCAUUGCUGGCAGAAACAUUGACUAUGAAGGGGGCAGAAAUUACUUGAUGACACAAUUUAGGUGACCAGGAAUGAUUGCUGAUGGCUUGUUGGUAUCUGUCCAUCUCUGGAGUGGAGAAGUGUGCUUUUGUGGGUGAAGUCAAAUUGUUGUAAGCUUACAGCACCUGCUGUGGCUGUAGAGACAUGUUUUGUUGCAGCUGGUGCAGAUGAAGGCAUCCAGUUGUGCUGCUGCAGAUGCACCAUGGUGUUUCUUCUGUCCACUCCUCCCAGUGGUCAUUCCUCCUCUGGUCACUGCUGUGGAUACACAACCUAAUUGCCUGUCUCCAGGCACGGUGGUAGAAAUUUGUGAUAAUUAGGCUUUGAACCAUUUGUAGCAUGAUAGUGUUCAGUAGGAAUAGUCUCAAACUCUCUUCUAGAACUGUAAGUAAAUGCAGUUUUAAAACAAGGAUAGGGAACCUGUGCCCCCCCCGAUGUUCUUGGUCCCGCUGAACACUGGCUAAGCUGGUUGGGGCUGAUGUGGGGGUUCAACAUCUGGAGAGCAACAGGCUCCCCCCCCCGCUUUAAAGCAUCCUGUGCAGUGCUGUAAGAGACUGCUUCUGAUCCUUUCUACAUGAAGUUUCAAUGCAGGUACUUAUAUACUUCCUGGUGUCUACAGCAAUUUGCAAGUAAGAAAUCAUUAGACAGCUGUCUUGCAACUUCAUUUUAGCCCUGGAAAGUUUGUAUAGGUGCAUAACUGACUUGAAUGCUGCAUGCGUUCUCAUUAGUGCUGGAAGAGACUUUUAAUUAGCCCCAUUUCAUUCUUCCCCAAGGGAAGUAAUUCCCUAUUUACUAUAUCUUUUUCUUCCCUGCUCUUUAUAUAAUAAGCAUUCUGUUCUGCUGGGCAAAAAAGUCAACAAUUAAAUCGCGUCUAUAAGAAAUCUAAAUGAUUUAUAGCAAGAAGAAAGCCACUGUGCUGCUAUAGAUCUAGCAUUAGAUUGGAAACUGGGACUGUAAUUGUAACCCCAUUUACCCAGGAAUAAGCCCCAUUGAAUUCAGUAGGAACUUCCUGCUGAAUAGACACAAUUUAGGACUGUGCUGUUGUUAAUUCUUUGUUAAAAUGCAUGCUAAACACAUCUUUAGACUUGAUUACAAGGCACAGUCAAAAAUGCACCUGUGGAUUUGAAAACCAAAAUAAUGGAAAGUCUUCCAUAUAUUUAGCAGUGUACAUUGAAGCAAUGUAAUGUAAAUAAAGGUGCAAAUGUAUAAUAAGACAAAGUUUCAAAAAAUUAAAUCUGGUUAUGCCUUUUAUAAAUAUCUUUAACUGUGUACAGUGAACAGUGCAUUAACCUUCAGUGCCAUCAGUAAAAUACUUUAUGAUGCAAGAAAAGAAUCCACAUCCCUAUUCUUUUUUAAAAAUGCACAAAUUAAGCAGAUGACUGCAGUCUGUUUUUUCAGUUCCAUAAUAUAAUCCACUUCCAAAAAAUAUGUACAGAUUGUUUCUCUUAGUGGUAGCCCACUAAAUCAACAUACAGCGUCUCUGCUUAUUUAUUUAUAUGGUUCUUGAAGUUUAUUGUCUUGCUUAAUGUUUUCCUUUAGUUCCCUAAAUGGUUUAAUGCCUAUUUUAAUCCUGCCACAUUGGGAUGGGCAGAAUGAUUCCCAUAAGGGAGGAUAUAAGAUGCCCUUCAUGUGUCUCAUGAUGUGAGCUCUGGUCCAGAAGCUUAUUCUGCAGUAAAUAUAUUAGUCUUCAAUGUGACUCCUCCUUGUCUUAGCCCUAAUGCAAUCAGUCUUCCAGUGGUUGUUGUUCUUUAGUCGUUUAGUCGUGUCCGACACUUCGUGACCCCAUGGACCAGAGCACGCCAGGCACUCCUGUCUUCCACUGCCUCCUGCAGUUUGGUCAAACUCAUGCUGGUAGCUUCAAGAACAGUGUCCAACCAUCUCGUCCUCUGUCGUCCCCUUCUCCUUGUGUCCUCCAUCUUUCCCAACAUCAGGGUCUUUUCCAGGGACUCUUCUCAUGAGGUGGCCAAAGUACUGGAGCCUCAGCUUCAGGAUCUGUGCUUCCAGUGAGCACUCAGGGCUGAUUUCCUUAAGAAUGGAUACGUUUGAUCUUCUUGCAGUCCAAGGGACUCUCAAGAGUCUCCUCCAGCACCAUAAUUCAAAAGCAUCAAUUCUUUGGCGAUCAGUCUUCUUUAUGGUCCAGCUCUCGCUUCCAUACAUCACUACUGGGAAAACCAUAGCUUUAACUAUAUGGACCUUUGUCGGCAAGGUGAUGUCUCUGCUUUUUAAGAUGCUGUCUAGGUUUGUCAUCGCUUUUCUCCCAAGAAGCAGGCGUCUUUUAAUUUCGUGACUGCUGUCACCAUACUACAGAUCCAUCAGGACAGACUGUGUUGGAUCACAGCAUCCUUGCAUUCCCACACAACUUUCCGUUCCUUUUCGCUAAAAGUUUUAAGCAGCGGCUUCUCAGUUUCUGGUUUGUCUUAGGAAGCACAAGACAACAAGAUUGCAUUUAAUGGCUCUUUAAUAUUGUUGCAGGUACCAUGUGUCCUGCUGAACAAUUGGAUCGACUGUUUAGCUAUUAAAACAUUCCUGAACAUUUUGUGACUUCAGAGGAGCUGAGAUAUAUUAUCAAUUAAUUAAUUAAAUUUGUAUACCGCCGUAUGCCCCUAGGCAGUUGUCUACAGGUUGCGGUAUUAGCGUGGGAAAACAGUCACAAUCCAAGGAUCCCCAAACAUGCACCUCCAGAUGGUGCAGAUCUCAGGUGAGAUGAUGGUACCCAGACAUCUUCACUUGGUUUCAAGCUCUCAGAUUGGUGGAGUACAAAUAAUAACUUUUUUAUUAGAAUUACUAUAGUAAUAAACAAGCAUGGUACAACUGACACAACAUUUAAAUAAGAAAGAAACAAAAAAGAGUGGGGGAGAGAAGGCCAAGGGGAGACAGACAGAAUGACCAGAAGCAAAUGAGCACCGGGCUCUUUUAUCUUUUAAGAUUUAUGAAGGAGAAUUUUGGCAGGUACAACUCAUUAAGCUGGGUUUGAGAGAAGCUGUAGCUGCCAAAAUUCCUCCCUCUGCUAAGCUGUUAUAGGUACAAUAUCCCUGCCCUCAUUUGCAUCUGUUCACCUUGGAAAGCGAAGGGCAACAUCAGGCAUGCAUGAUACAAAUAUUAAAAGUGGACUCCAUGUUGUAGGUAGUGUUAAAAUAAAAGUGGAUCUGAAAAGACUGAAGAUUUAACUGCAUUGUAUUCUUUUUUAAUAUAUAUAUAUAUAUAUAUAUAUAUAUAUAUAUAUAUAGUGGUACCUCGGGUUAAGUACUUACAAUAGUACCUCAGGUUACAUACGCUUCAGGUUACAGACUCUGCUAUCCCAGAAAUAAUACCGCGGGUUAAGAAGUUUGCUUCAGGAUGCGAACAGCAAUCAUGCUCCAGCGGCGCAGUGGCAGCAGGAGGCCCCAUUAGCUGAAGUGGUGCUUCAGGUUAAGAACAGUCUGAGGUUAAGAACGGACCUCCGGAAUGAAUUAAGUACGUAGCUAGAGGUACCACUGUAAUUCGUUCCGGAGGUCCGUUCUUAACCUCAAACUGUUCUUAACCUGAAGCACCACUUUAGCUAGUGGGGCCUCCUGCUGCCGCCGCACCGCCGGAGCACGAUUUCUGUUCUCAUCCUGAAGCAAAGUUCUUAACCCGAGGUAGUAUUUCUGGGUUAGCAGAGUCUGUAACCUGAAGCAUAUGUAACCCGAGGUACCACUGUAUAUUCUUUUUUUUGUCCAACACCCCUGUUUGUGGAAAUAAAUGUUUUCUCUUCCUGGUAUUUCGCUACACCUUAAUUUCUGAAGUUGCAUCAUCCCACCUUCAGACUAUACUGUUUUCAAAAGGGCAUGCUCUGACUUGGAACACCUGCUUCCUCCUCUGCUCCCACACAUCCUGACGUUUCUGUGGAAGUUGCAGUCUCCCAAGGCAUGCUUGGUCACCUGUGCUACAAACAAGGGGCUACACAUGGAAGCACAAGCAGGUCUACCUGCUGUCUGGGUCCAGGCCACUCCCUUUAAACAUGAGGCUAGCUUCCUUUUACAGGAGCACAUCUGUUCCCAUGUGAUGAUAAACGACAGUACCAAUUGCUCAGAUCCUCUUUUUUCCCUGACUUCCAUUCUUUAGGCAGAUGCAUUGCUGGUUAGCGAACUGCAUUCAUGCUUUGUAGGCACACUUUCCAUGACACAUUCCAAGUGACAAAGCUUCACGCUACCCUUUAGUUAACCUCCUCCCCGGUGUCUAUGUGAAUUGGCUAGGCUGAGCCAAGAUGCGAGUGAUGUUAAUUAUAUAAUAGUGGAACGUGCGUCCUGUUGAAAUGUGCCUAACUGCUUGUGGAAUCCGCGUGCACUGUGAACAGUAUAGGUCUGCAGAUGCACUGUGUGGCCAGAUGUUACUCAGAAGAGAAACAUCUGGAGUGUCACCUUCUGCUUGCUUGUUUAUGAGAGGCAGGUUUACGGGUGCUGGUGGUGGCACCCAAGCUUUUUAAUUUCUGGCAAAGUAGUUUGGCUCCAACAAGCUCUUUGGGCAGAGCUCACUCUGGUCAGUACUUGCAUGUAUGUGCUGGGGUUGAUUUUGUGAGAACUCGCUUUCUGCAGCUCCGGAUUCCCUGCACCUUGUGUUGAAUAGCGGAAAAGAUGGACGAAGGACACAGCUCUGUUGGAUUCACAGCUCUUUAUUGCGGUAGUUAGAACUGCUCCUGGAAUCAGAAUGACUGCAGCCUAGCUGGCUGCUUUAUAUAAUACUAAGUAACUUGAAACAUUAACAACUUACAACUAGCUAACCAAUCAGGAGCGACAGUUUUCAAUCCUUCAUUUACAUACUGGUGACCCUGAGUGAGAACUGCAACUAAUCUUAAUACAUAACACCUUUAUUUAUUAAAGACAUGCACACACAUACAUACACAAUGUAUGCCUCCCAUUCUUCCUUGCCUUUUCUGGUCUCAGAAUUUCAUAUCAUCCAACAUUCCUCAGAUGAAAGAAACUAGGGACAUUUCUCACUCCCCCACAACUGACGCUCCUUGCCCCCCAUUUUUUGCCCCUCAUUUCCUAUCAGAAGAAGGAGGGGAGUGUUACCACCACUACAUGUGUGACAUUUUGAUGUAUUUUUAAUCUUCGUUGUAAGCCGCCCAGAGUGGCUGGGGAGACCCAGCUAGAUGGGUGGGGUACAAAUAAUAAAUUAUUAUUAUUAUUACAUCAAUGGGACACAGCACACAUGCCCUCCACCAUCCUGAGGAAAGUUUCCAAUUGUCCUUUAAGACAAAGUAAUAUUCACUUAGCAGUUUGAAAGCACGUCAAAGUGCAAGUAGAUAAAUAGGUACCGCUCCGGCGGGAAGGUAAACGGCGUUUCCAUGCACUGCUCUGGUUCGCCAGAAGCGGCUUAGUCAUGCUGGCCACAUGACUCGGAAGCUGUACGCCGGCUCCCUCGGCCAAUAAAGCGAGAUGAGCGCCGCAACCCCAGAGUCGGCCACGACUGGACCUAAUGGUCAGGGGUCCCUUUACCUUUAAUAUUCACUUGCCACUGGAAGGGAUACAGUGGUGCCAUUAUGGCAGAGGUCCUAACCAUCUGCCAUAUGCUCCUCAAAACAAUACAGGUACCUGGAACAGGGCCUCCAAAGCAGAUCAGUUUCAAGUCAUUUAUGUAGCAUUUAACAGUAAUGGUCCAUUUUUGUUUGGUAAUUAUAAAUUUGAAUCACUGAUUUGGAUUGCAGAGGCAUUCACGCUUAUGACUGAUGCUGGCUGCCACUAUUUGCAAACAGACAUCUUUGCUGCCAUUUCCCAUUAUUCUUUGCUCCGCUCAUGCUCUUAAAAUGACCAGUUGGUCUAAAAACAACAACAGCAGCUCAUGAUCUUGUCUGUCUCUAGCAUGCAAAUCUGAAAUUUUUCUCAUUACUACCUCAGCACGUGGGAGCCAUAAGAAAAAAAGAGCGGCUUUUGUUAGCUGGCAGUGCCAUCAGAUGUCUUAGUCUGCAGCUAAGCAGUUGUUCGGGAACACCCUUCCCAGGGUUCUUGAUGGCUAUACUUCUAUCAUUUGGACUCUAAACGAAGAGUACUGUACUGUAUAUUCUUUUCCGGAGUUGCUGCUUCAGUGAGAUUGAGUGUUUUGGCUAAUUCUUCUCUUAAGGGUUUUGAUGCUGCUUUGUUUUUGUGGGGCUAAGUCUGUUUAUCGUCUUAUAGUGAUUUAACCUUGUGUUGUAAACUCCUGUGAACACAUAAUUUGGAGAGACGUAAGGCGAAAAAGAAAAGUAAAUGCUAGAAGUAGUAACCAUCUUAUUUUGUACCAUUAUUUUGUACAAAUCUGAAAAAAAUGUGGACAGGCUUGGACUGGUAGUAGCUUUAGCUCAGUUCUGUCAGUGUUGCUGUUGUUUAGGUUUUUUUAAUUUCCUGGUUUGCUAGAACAGGCUUAAAAUCAACAAUCCAUGCUGCCAAUAUGGUUAAAAGGCACCAGGCUUCUGUUGGAAAGCCUGAAUAAAUAGUUAUAAAAUUAAAUAACAGGAUGUGUGUUUUCCUGAGCUGCCUUAGGUGUGCCUUAAUUCUAUGCUGAGUGAAUAUUGGCAUGCUUGCACUUACCUGGUUUUUUGCAUGUUGCUGUGUGCUUAUAGAAUUGUAAUUUGUUGUAUAGGCACACAGAUCUCUAACUAAGGAGGUUAGGUAGCACAAUCACACAUACCUUCUGGUAAGUGAUGCAUUUUCCACAUUUUUAACAGUCAAGAGUGGCUUUGUUAGUAUCUCUAAUUCUGGACAAGUUUCUCAUCAGGUAAGUCAAGUUUAAUCCAGUCUAACGGCUCUUCCAGGCAGACAGUGUUGCAAAAAAGUUGGCAACUGUAAACCACUUGGAGACAAAUAGGUUUUUUGUUUUGCUUUGUUUAGACGCCUUUUGGAUAGCUCCAAACUAGAUUUUCAAGCUUCUUUCUGCAAUUCAGGGCAUGUGAUUCCAACUCUCUCUUCCCUCCCUGCUCUCCAAGGCACUUCAAGUACUGGCCAGAAUGUAGUGGGUUUUUUGGCUGAAGUGUCCGGAGUGAGGGAGGAAGAAAAAUGGAGGGAAAUCCUUUUUUUGAACACAAACAAAAUAACAAUAAUAAUGAAGUUGAGCUGAACAGAGUCCAAACAGGGUACUAGUGGUGUUUUGGGGCAGCUUUGGAGUGAACUGUAUGGCGCCACUUCCAGUUUUGUUCAACUUGCGUUCUUUAAGGGUAAGGCCGCUUCGACCAGGUUCUUCUCUUGCCAUUUGGGUGCUGGUGCUAAAGUGGUAUAAUAGUGCUUUGGAUGUAUGCUGUGGCUGUGGCCCCCCUGCAUGUGAGAACCUUAUCCUACAAUGUCAGUCCCUCGGCCACCACAGCUAUGGCAACCUCCACCAUCAAUUCUGUCCCAACAUUUUCUUUUAUCUUAGAACGACAGGUGGGUCGGGGGAAUAUAUAUUGGCUCCAGGAAGAACAAUUGCAGGUGUUUCAUAAGUUUCACUGUUUGUUUUCCCCAUUUUUCUUUCUUUCUGUGCUUUAUGCGUGAGAUUUGGUGAUUGACAGCCUUUUGGAAAUACGGUUUCUGGUCUCUGCUUAUAUAUAAUCAGAUGGCCUUGGGGAGACUUGCUUUCUUUCGAACUUGGUUCCACACCUGCCUGCGGAAGCAUAAAUCUAUAUCUCAGUGGUAUUUUAAGAGCAAAUAGAUUGAGAUCGGAAGGGCAUGUGGACAUAAUCCUAGCUCAUGGUUUAUGAGGUGCAAAAAUCAACCAGCUUUCUUCUGAAGUUUCCCUGGUUUGCAUUUGGGUUUUAUGCACAAUCUAUGCCUGGAGCUUUGCAAAUCUGGUUCCUUCUCCUUAGGGGAAACGUUUAGAGAAAUGUUGUUCAAGUACUUUUUUUUUUUUACUGAAACUUCUGAGAACAGUCUUGAGCAAUUUGACAGGAGAAUGUGUGUGUGUGUGUGUGUGUGUGUGUGUGUGUGUAUUGCGCACGCGCGCGCGCGCACACACACACACACACUUUAAGUAGAAGUGCAAUAGGAUUGUCAGCUAAGGAUAGAAAUAAGGGGGGUCUGGGAAGCAGGGUACUGUCACCUUGAUGGGUUUGGCCAUGGGUUGGUGAGUUGGAAGGUACUGGGCUUUUGAAUUCCACCUUGUUUUAGGCACCGGUCAGCACUACAGCUAGAAAUACACUGGUGGGAGAAAUUACCUGUGUAAUUUAUCGUAAGAUUAUUUUAACGUAUCGACUUUCAAAAUCCCUUUUAAGUUCAGAAGCCUAUAUUUUGUAUUUCUGUGUUAUUUUAUACUAGUUAGGGCUAACAGAAGGUUGUUAUCAUGGUGUAAAAUUGUAAAAUUAGAAUCCAUGGAGUUGGUCACGCUAUUUCAGUAGUGAGAUACCAGCCUUCAGAAAAGGAGGUUGAAGAAGCCUAACCUGUGAAUCUCCCAGUUCAGUGCCAAGAUUGACUGUGAUACAUGAAGGCGGUCCUGUUCUGCUCUGGGGUUUGGUUACUCUAUCGCCUUUAUUUUGAUCCAAGUGAUAAAUUGGGAAGAUCACUGAACACUCAUCUUCAGCUUGACACAUGUUAAUGUCGUGCUUGACCUGGUUUGAACUCUUGUUAAUAUUUUUGAAGCAUAUCUGGUUGUGCAAAUUGGACUCUUUUUUUCUGGCAGAAUCUCCUGUUACAGGAGCAAUUAAUACAUCUUUAAGCAAUUAAAGGCAACUAAUACAACUUUAAUGAAGGAUAAUAUUCCAGGAGGCUGUUUGGUUAGGGAUUGCUCAAAAUGACAAGAGCAAUUGCUUAUCCUCAAUAUGUUGUGCAUAUCUGACGGAUCCUUUUGUGAAGAAUUAAAUGGACAAGAGGGAACUGUAGAAGUAUGUAUUCAGCCUGUGUUAGCUGCUUGAUAUUGUGAUUGAUGUAAACUCUUAGAGAUCUUGUGUUGCUUUCUUUAUAUUUUACUUUUGGCCUCCUUUAUCUGCUUCUUAACAUUACCGCCACUCAUUCUUUCUGGAACUAAUUGCUGUCUGUGCCUAGAGCUGCUUUCUCUCAUGUCUUCCUUUUCUUUCUCAAUAUCAAUUUUUUAUUUAACAUAUUUUAAUGCCGGAAAGCGUGACAAAUGUGGUUUAAGGCAGCAAAACACAGCUGAAAACUAAACCUACUUUUAGUUUUAAAAUCAUCACCUUAAAAUAAGAGCCUGCCCAUCGCAGGUGUAAAUGACACAACGUGAAUAGAAUAAAACAGCCUGCCAUAUCCCCAGAUGACUUAAAACCAUUCUAUUAAAAUGUCAGAGAUAUCUUUAGACCCUGCUUGAAAUUUUGUAGGAUAGGGCUAGCCCGAUCUCACUUGGAAGCAUAUUUCACAGGAAGUGGGGCCAUUGCUGAAAAGGCCCUGUCCUGUGUGCCUGCCAUUCUGCUUGCUCUCAUAGGUGGGUAUGUGAAUGGGGCCUGUGAUAUGGAUGGCAUGAUAAGGGCAGGUCGGUGAGAAUGAAAGCGGUCCUUCAAGUAACCCACACCCAAACUUCUUAGGGCUUCAAAUGUCACCACCAGUCCUUUGUGUUGGGCCUGGGAACACACUGUCACACAAUGCAACUGGUACAAUACACAUGAAGUGUACCAAAUCAACUUCCUGGUACCAGCCAUUACCUGCGUGGCUACAUUUUUCACUGGCUGACGUUUGAGUGCAUUGUAGUCCUUAAUGCAUCUUUUCUUCAGCUACUGCAGUUUAUCAUGUCUAGUCCUCUACCGCCACCUGAUUCUCCAAGAUUCCAUCUGAACUUUAUUCCACCUGAAUAGACACUCCUCUGCUUUGUAUAUUAGGUGAGCAUAUAAAUGUUCUAUGCCUUGUAUAUUAGGUGAGCAUAUAAAUGUCCUAUGCCUUGUAUAUUAGGUGAGCAUAUAAAUGACUCUAUUGCGGGGGUUGUCAACUUGGUCCCUACCACGGUAGGGGGUUCUAUGGCACAAGCUGAAUCCUCCUUCCAUCGAGCACUGGUGGGCGGUAAGGAAAUUUUACCAUCAAGAAAGAUUCAUUAGUGGGCGGUAGGUAUAAAAAGGUUGACUACCCCUGCUCUAGUGAAUGAGAGACAACCAUGCUGGUUCUACUACUGAUUCAGGAAUUGAACCUCUCCAGCAACACAAUAUCUGUAAUAUAUUUGACCGCUUUCUGCCCGCCCCCUCUCCAUCGCAAUUAUUAAGAAUCAUAUUAGUAAAUGAUAAGAGGCCGGGAUCCAAAUAGUUACCUUAGGCGUGGCCAAAAACGUUUGCCUCCCUAAGCACUGCCUUUGGUCAAGAGACCAUGAUACCUUAUCCUAAAUUACAUUUGAAAACCUCAUUGGUUCGAAAAGUGCUUUUUGUUUUGAGAGCAACGAGCCCGAAGCUCUCCCAACCUACUUGCCUGUGUAUAACUACUGUAUUUUUCGCUCUAUAAGACGCACCAGACCACAAGACGCACCUAGUUUUUGGAGGAAAACAAGAAGAAAAAUAUUCUGAAUCUCAGAAGCCAGAACAGCAAGAGGGAUCGCUGCGCAGUGAAAGCAGCAAUCCCUUUUCCUGUUCUGGCUUCUGUGAUAGCUGCCUGCAUUUGCUCCAUAAGACGCACACACAUUUCCCCUUACUUUUUAGGAAGAAAAAAGUGAGUCUUAUAGAGCAAAAAAUAUGGUACUUUUGUGGAUCUUGGGGAUGUAUGGAUCUGUGAUCACAGCACCCUAGGUUGUGCUGCUGGCACUAAGUUGUUGUAAACUAGGAAACAGAUUCCAGCGGCAACUCUUGCGACAGCUGCUGUACUUGGUGGGGAAAGUUUUCUUGGGGUUAGUUGGACCAGGGCGGGGGUAGUUAAGUGGUAAAUCAGGAUCGUGGAGGAGGUAGAAGUAAUUCAGUACCGUAGAGAAGGUGUUAGUGACGCACCAGAAGAGCUUCUUUUCCUGUGGGAGUCUUCGCCACUUGGCAUUUCCUCAAUUGCCUUUCAGAUCAGUGGCAAAUGUGACCCAGUUUGGGCAUUGGUAGUAUUCGGCUUAUGGUUCCCUCUGGCGUCCUCACCCUGUGCCCAGAGGGCACUGUUGUCACUCAACAGAAGGAAGAAUGGCAGGGAGAAAAGGAUAAUUAGAGCAAGUUUGGAAUUGGAAAGACGUCCAGGAGAAGUGUGGAGGCAGGAGAGAGAAUACCUGUUCCUUUUAGGCUCUGAAAUUUCAAAAGAUCUGGUGUUUGCUUUUCCACACCCUUCUCCAUUAUUGCAAUAUUUGUUCUUCAGCAAGCAUUGUGCAUGGUUCUUAGAAUUCCAGUUGCAUGUGGAAUAUACUCAUAAAUGUGAACGCCACCUGUCUGGGUAGUCUUGUGUUGGUACGCUCAGUCGUACAUAUAUGAGCUGUAGCCUGUCUUGUAUAGUUUCAUUGCUCGAUUUUUGUAUAUGCAUGGUAGGCUUGAACAUGUCAUCUUAUCGAAAAGCCCUUUGUCCCCAAAGUGGAGAUCCAUACAUGUACAAAGGGGUGGGUUGUCUGAGGCAGUCCAAAGUACAGGAAAAGGCUCUCUGUGCAUGCUGAGUGGCACUGCAUUUGUGCCAGCAAGCGGGUGUGAAGGAAAGGUUGUUAAGAGUACAUGCUGCUCAAUGUUUCGCAGAUGAAAACAGGGACACUUUUGUAAUACUACCCGCUACUCCAACCAAGGUUAACUGUCUGAGCUUCCUAUCCCUUUCAUUCCAUAUUGCUGGGGAUCUGCCAGUAUCAGCUGCUCAUUCUUCCAGUCUUCUUCUUCUCUUCUUCUUCUUCUUCUUUUUACAUUUUAAAAUUCAUUUUCACUUUUAACGUUUAUCAUCAUACAUAAAUCAUAAUCAUGGCUCCCAGUACGUUUCCAAGCACAAUUCAAAGUGUUGGUGCUGACCUUUAAAGCCCUAAACGGCCUUGGCCCAGUAUAUCUGAAGGAGCGUCUCCACUCCCAUUGUUCUACCCGGACACUGAGGUCCAGCGCCAAGGGCCUUCUGGCGAUUCCCUCACUGCGAGAAGUCAAGUUACAGGGAACCAGGCAGAGGGCCUUCUCGGUAGUGGCGCCCGCCCUGUGGAACGCCCUCCCACCAGAUGUCAAAGAGAACAACAACUACCAGACUUUUAGAAGACAUCUGAAGGCAGCCCUGUUUAGGGAAACGUUUAAUGUUUGAUUCAUUACGGUAUUUUAAUAUUUUGUUGGAAGCCGCCUAGAGUGGCUGGGGAAGUCUAGUCAGAUGGGCAGGGUAUAAAUAAAAAAUUAUUAUUAUUAUUAUUAUUAUUAAUUUUACAAACAGGAUUCUCAGAAUCCCCAAACUUCCCUCCACCCCUCCAUGGUUUUCCCAGAUAUUAUUUUCAAACUGCAUCGUAUUGUAUUCUCCAUAUUUUCUUAAAACUCAAUUUUUUUUAUCAUAGUUCUCUCUUCAUUGCAAGUGUUCUCAAAAUCCUGCUAAUGUUUUAAAUUGUUUACAGUGUUCUUUCAAGUAACUUAAAAUUUUUCCCCAUUCUUUGUUCAGUCCAGUCAUCCACAUUUUCACAUCGGUUUGCGAAUUCCCCCCUGCCAAUGAAAAUACUUCAGCAUUUGUGUGCAAAUUUCUCCUGCUGUAUACAUGUGAUGUGUGCAGUUUUGCCUCGUAUACAAAUUUUCACAUGGCAAUUUCCCCUGAUAAAAUGUGAUUUUCACAGACAUACGUUUAAAUGUUAUUUAUAAUGCUGUUGUUGCUUUGAUUUUUUUCCGUGCACUAUCUUAGUUUGCAGAAAGCUGGCAUUAAAAAAAUAGCAACAAGUGAAUAGCAAUAACAAAAUAGCAAAAUGCCUGGGUAAUUGAAAGAAUGAGCGUGAGUUCCUUCAGGGAUCCUGUUUUGGAUCAUUUGCUAUGGAACUUCCUUUUCCUGCAAACUACUUAGUUUUCAGUGCAUGUAACUUAAGAGUUCGGAAAUAAAGGCAAAGGGCUUAAACACAGUACAGUCGUACUUUGAAAGUCAAACAGAAUCUGUUCCGGAAGUUUGUUCAACUUCCAAAAUGUUUGGAAACCAAAGUGCAGCUUCUGAUUGGCUGCAGGAAGCUCCUGCAACCAAUCGGAAGCCGCGGAAGCCCCGUCAGACGUUCAGCUUCCAAAAAUAGUUUGCAAACCAGGACACUCACUUCUGGGUUUACGGCGUUCAGGAGCCAAAACGUUUGAGAACUAAGCUGUUCAAAACCAAAGUAUGACUGUAUAUAACUUUUUUUUAAAAUGGAUGCUGUGCUGCUGCUGUUCUUGCAUCGUGACGUCAGUGACUACUGGCUCAGUAAAACACUGAUUCCUACCUAUUUUGUUAGCUUGCUGGAAUGACAGUCUGAAGACCAGUGCCUUCCUGCAGGCUGCAACAAAAAAUGUAUAAUCUUUCAAAUGUCUCCUUAAACAGCUCUAUCCAUAUGCUGGGAAGUCCUGAGUGAACUGCACGUUCCCUGAGCCAUGUACACAGCCACUUGAGGAUGGAUGAUCGCCGUUUAUGUUUGGAAGUACAGUAGGCAGUACCAACAAGCUUUUGGUACACCUUCAGCAGACGCUGUGGCUGUAUAGAUUGUGGCGUCAUGAAGUCACUGUAGCUCCCUACCUAUUCACCUGAUGUGCUAAUGCCUGGAGACCAGAAUUCGAAACUUGUUUAAUCCAUCGCUAGGCCAUUCCAUGUUAUCUAUAUGCAUACACAAGUGUAAUUGCAGAGGAGAGGAAAAUGACUGGCUUUUUGUUUGCUCCUUCCCUCCCAACUUAUCAGUCAGGCUGGGGUGGGGAGAAUUGGCUUAGAAAAAGGUAGAUCUUUCUUCCUGCAUCUGCAGUUAUUUCAGAGGCAACGGUAGGCUGAGCCUGAAUAGUCCCCUCCCCUCCAGUGCCCAAAAUGAUUGUUGGGAAAGAGAGCAAAGGGGUGUGUAAAAGGUCACACUUCCUUUGAGUUCGUAACAAGUCUGCAACCUGUUCAAAUUUGAGUCUUCAGAGUAUCUGGGCUCAGCUGACCUAGGCCAGCAAACCGGUUUCCAGACCAGGAAGAAGCAAGUGGCAGUCUGCUUGCUUUCCCUGUGCCAGUGAAACUCCUCGCCUCAGUGGGUUGAAGGCUACCCCCUGUGUACUGCCAUGUGCUACUGAAGGUGGGAUGACGAUGCAGCGUGCAUUGGCUUAGUCGGCUGAGCAUUUGGGUACUGAGGAGGGACAUAGGAGUUCACCUUGUCACCUGUACAAGGGGUAGGGUUCCUGGAUGACCUUACAUAAAAUAUUUUGUUGAAGUUAGCAACGUUGCAUGGUUCAAGAGCCAGACUAUACAAUGUAAUCAAAGAGGUAAUGGACGCGGGUGGCGCUGUGGUGUAAACCACUGAGCCUUGGGCUUGCCAAUCAGAAGGUCGGCGGUUCGAAUCCCCGCGACGGGGUGAGCUCCCGUUGCUCAGUCCCAGCUCCUGCCAACCUAGCAGUUCGAAAGCACAUCAAAGUGCAAGUAGAUAAAUAGGUAUCACUCCAGCGGGAAGGUAAACGGCUGCUCUGGUUUCGCCAGAAGUGGCUUAGUCAUGCUGGCCACAUGACCUGGAAAAACUGUCUGCGGACAAACGUCGGCUCCCUUGGCCAGUAAAGCAAGAUGAGCGCUGCAAUCCCAGAGUCAUUCGCGACUGGACUUAACUGUCAGGGGUUCUUUACCUUUACAAAGAGGUAAAACGUGGGGUUUCCCCCCCAGACCUGAUUGUUGCGUUGAGCAAAGCCAUUGACUUGAGUGGCAGAAAAGAAUUAGAUGCCUUAAAUUCUUAUUAGAUCUGUACUGUGCUUGAUGUGGGGUUGUCUUAAAAAGUGCUUAUUUCAGGAGCAUAAUUAAUUGUAGUGUGUGUAUUCUGGGGCGCUAUUAAAUACAGUACAAAAAUGAGGAAACGUAUGGCUAGAAAAGAAAUUUCCCUAUGAAGAUUUGGAAAAACAUGAUACCAUCUUGUCCGCUGUGAAUAUUUGGUCUGAGUUAUAUUACGUGGACGACGAAACUCUUGAUGGCUCCUAUCAAGGUUUGCUUUGGGCAGCAACCUUCUCUGUCUAGACGAUUGGCAGACGAAAGUUCCAUGAGUUCAAGUUUUUAGAAGGAUUCUUCUUUUGAAUCUGAUGGGAACCGUUGAAUCAAAAGGGAUUGCUGAAAGUGGAGAAGCAGAGACACUGUUGUGGUCCUUAGAAAUGGUUCCGGGAAAGUGGCAUUGCUGCCAUGCUGGAGUUUGCAAAACUCCAGCAUUUUCAAAGGAAGCGCUCCAUUCCUAAUCGUACCUCCUAAAAUGAUUGAUAAUAUGAAUUACUUAUGUUCUGCUUAGUUAGAAUCAACAAAACCCUCUGCUCCAUAUCAUUUCAACAAAUCUAUGAGGUUGGCAAUCAUUUGAUGCAGAAGAGCUGCUCAUUCACAAGUAAGCAUAUGCAGAUACUCUCUUGCCUGUAACUUAAGUUAUGUCCCAUGUGCUGCUUUAUUAUUAUUUACCACCACCAUCAUUUAUUAAACUUGUUAGCCGUCUGCUUACCCAAAGGUCUCCAAGCGACCUAAAACACAUUUUGUUGCUUUAGCCUUUGAACCAAGAACAAAAAAAGCAGUCAUGGAGUUUGAAAGCUAGUUAGGGAGAGAGGUUGUAUCCUUGAAAUUGGCAUGUUGCUUUAGUUCUUUGACUGUUGAUUUAAGUGGCACAAUACACAAUUCCUUUGAGUUUGUUGUUAUUGCCUUUAUUAGCAAUCUAGGCUUGUUGUGUUUUGAGAUGAAGGAGAAAAAUACUGCUGAGUCAGAAUGAGAUCACCCAAGUUGCAUUUAGGACUUCAGAAACUAAAUCGACGCCAGAAGGCCUUCUUUCUUUUCUUUUCUUUUCUUUCUUUCUUUCUUUCUUUCUUAAAACCUGUUUGGAGUGUGUUGCUCAGCUUACCCGGCGGUCUACAAUUUUUUUAAAAAAUGAAAGCAAUUGUACAUGUCUCGUGAGCAUUCUGCCUCGCUUCUUACUAUACAGUACAUCAGUGUACCUCUUUCAUAUAAAAUGGGGAUCUGGUAUGUGGGUAGUUAGCAUAACUGAUUUGUCACGAUUCUCUCUCGUUAUUAUUUUUUGUAAAGGAACUGCUCAGGGUCAUAAUACUCUUUUCUUUAUGAGUAUCCGGUAUCCAGCACAAAGAGUUUGUUGAACAGUUGGCUAGGGGAGCGGCUAAAAGGCUUUGGUUUGUGUGUUUUUUUAUUACCCUGUUAGGCAUUAACAGGGCCACUCCCUAGCCUAGACUGUAUCAGCAAAAACAGUCUUCCUAGUAUAUGCAGGUGUGGAAGCAUAUUUAUGUAGCCUUACUAGAGUUCAAAUGGAAAAUCAUGAUUUAAAGUCCUUGUGGCAUGGAUGAUUGAGGACCGGAAUUGGGCUGUUAUGACUACUGUCUCUCUGCAGGCCGUGAUUCUUUCCCAGGGAUGUGGAGCUCCAUUCUCCUACUCAUGUUCCUUUUAAACCAAAUCUUAAUUGUCGGGGCUCUGAAUUUUACAACACACUUUUUUAUUUCUUCAGUCUGUUUUGGCGGCUUCAGUCAAUGUAAUGGGAAAUGAAGCAAUGACAACAGCCCUUCCCUCUAGCAAAUGGUAACUGCUUGUAGAAUUAUAAGCUUACCUCCCUUAUACAUCACAGAAAGGCAGCUUUUAUAUUUGAUAAAAUUCAAAUUUAAAUGUAAUGAUCUAAUCCAACUAAUUUGUUCAUUAAGCACCCUAAAGCAUAGUGACAUUCAUAUUAAAUUUCAACACUAUUUAAGUUCGUUCCACUUUCAAAUGAGUUUCCCUUGAGCUUUGGAUCCCCAUUGCAUAUGCUUCUUACCUAUGGAAUUUUUAGUACUUUUUAACAAGCUUUAUUGCAAGGAUGGGCAACCUGUGGCUUUCCAGAUGUUGGGCUCCAACCUCCCUACCUGCCCUGCCCCAGCCCCAGCCUGCAGGGUCCAAUGAUCAGGGACGGUGGAAGCUGUCAUCCAGCGAUUUUUCAGAGGAGCAUAGGUUCCUCAACCCAUCUUCUGGACCCCCUGGGAAACUCAACAAACUGUUCUGCACCUGGAACUGAGUGUGGAGAGGGGAACUGGAUGGGACACAACUGUGGGCAGCCUGAGGAUGUACCAUCCACCUUGGGCCAGUCUGUAAAAUGCAAGUCUGGAGUGAAAGACUAGGGUGACUAUUUCCAGGAACUCUUAUUGUGAGACUUUUGUGGGUGAGCUGAGAGUUUGUUUGGGCCCUAGGAGAGAACCCAGAGGCUGAGAGGAAGAGGGUGUGCCAGAAGGAAAAUGAAUUGAUGUUGAUUUUCAUAUGUUUUGUAACUUCUUUGCAAUGUUGUUGUUUCAGUUUUCUGCCUACUGCUUAUAUUAACAGUAUACAAAUUAAAUCAUCAGUCAAUCGGUUUGUGGGGUGGCGUGUAGUGCUUGGUAUUGGCAGAGGGUAAAGCUGUGUGUCUUCUUUAAAUUACAACUUUCUGCUGCAAAACCAUUGUUCAGUUCCCCUGAGAGAGAAGGAUUGUAGUCAUACUUCACAAUACAACAUAUUCUGUUCUGUUAGGCUUUGUUAAGAAGAAACAAAACGGUCUAUUAGAGGUGCCCUUCUAUGUGCUGUUGUGUUUUAUUGGAAAAUUGCCUUUAUUGUCAUCUCUGAAGCACAUAUGUGAGCUUUCUCUCUUUUAUUAUUCAUUUCCACACACAAAUACACAGAAAUUUUAUUUAAUAACAUAUUCUUCAAAGGCCUGCUUUUUAGUAUUCAGUUGCUGUACUGAUAAGAGAUGGCUGCAUAAUUGCACACCUCAUUCUAAGGAGUUUUCUGGGGACUGAGUGCAAGCUACGUUUGGCAGAAGGCAGGUGGCAAUGCCAGGGUUGUGCCUUAGGCAAAUGAUCCUUAAUCAUAGAGAUGAAAAUGUGUACUCAGAGGUCAUUCAGCUGAGCCCCCUUGCAAUGCAGGAUCUGUAAUGCCGACUGCAGCUCCAGCGUCUCUGACUGAUAGCUGUCCAGCCUCUGUACACAUGCAGGAUAGAAGCAUGUGGUAAUUUUAUUAGAUCCUGCCACUUGUUGAAAGAAAGGUUUGUUAAACAUUUGAGUUUUAAUACAUUGAUUAACUACCGUAUUUUUCGCCCUAUAAGACGCACCCGACCGUAAGACGCACCUAGUUUUUAGAGGAGGAAAACAAGAAAGCAACGCAAAGCCUAUGGAGCACAGCGGGAGGAAUGCUCCCACUGCGCUCAAGAGGCUUUGCGUAGCUAUCCCUGAAGCCAGAAGAGCAAGAGGGAUCAGUGCGCACCAAUCCCUCUUGCUCUUCUGGCUUCAGCGAUAGCUGCACAGCCUGCAUUCGCUCCAUAAGACGCAGACACAUUUCCCCUUACUUUUUGGGAGGGGAAAGGUGCGUCUUAUAGAGCGAAAAAUAAAUUUGCAUCUCCAAGUGAAUGAGAGAAUAAGGUAUAUUUGCAGGAUGCAGAUAGCGAGAAGAAAUCUAGGAUUGUCUUUGCCUGUGUAUAGUGUUGGGGAAACAAAUGCUGUAUGUAUAACUCGGCCUGUAUAAGGUUGGAGCUGCAGAUAAAUUUGACAAUUACACUUUUUUUGUUUUUGAAAGCACAUCUUUCAGUUGCCUACAUUUGUUUAAAAAGUCAUCUCUGUCACCAGUGUUGGUGUUGUUUUUCAUUGGUUUUAUGGAUUUUAGCUGCAUUUUAUCUGUACACUACUUUGAGAAUUUUUCUGAUGUGUUUAAAUUUGCCAUGAUGAUGAGGAUGGUGGCUAAAAAGGGAUGAGUGCAGAAAUCCCAGUGUAGGGUAGGUUCUGAAGAACCAGAGCAAUGAAUCAGAAAGUCCUUGGAUCAAAUUUUAACAUCUGCUGCGAACUCACUAGGCACACUGCUCUCUCUUGCUCUCUCUCUCUGCCUCAGUCCUUCUCAUCUUUAAUACAGGAGAUAAUAAGACAACAGCUUUGUUUACAACAACUGUAUAGUGCAUGUGGAGCAUUUUUAAUCCUUGAAAUCAUUAUCAAGUUUGGGCAACUGUUGACACUGUGGCAGAUGUGCACAUCCAGGCUGAUUUCCCUCCUUUCUCUGAUAGUUCAAAUGGAAGUCCUGCUGCAGGGAUAAAGAAUCUGUGGCCCUCCAGAUGUUUCUGGGGUUCAGUUCCCAUCAUCCCUGACUAUGAGCCAUCAUGGCUGGGAGCUGAUGCGAGUUGGAGUCCAACGUCCUCUGUAGGGGCACAGGAUCUUCACCACCCAUGAUCUAAUGCCUGGAAAGCAUGUGUGUUGCUCAUGUAUAUGGAAGCAGCUAAAACCCUCUGGCUCUUUGAAAGGAAUUUGAUGGGUGAAUUGACUUCCCUUUGGAUGUAAAGUACCGUAUUUUUCGCUCCAUAAGGCGCACCUAGUUUUUAGAGGGGGAAAUCAAGAAAAAAAUAUCUGUCCGCUUCUCCCAGAGCUUCUGGAGCUGCCGGGGGGGAAGCCCCCCCCCCCCCAGAAGAAGCCAUAGCCGCGCGCAGCCUCUCCCGGCCGGAGGGGCUGCGUGUGGCCUGGCAAUACCACCACCUCCCGCAAAAGCCCACAGGAGCUGCACACCCUUUAAGGAGCGCGCGGCUCCUGCGGGCUUUUCUACAAGGAGGGAGAAGGGACUGACUGGCCGUGUCAGUCCCUUCUCCCUCCUGGGGAAAAGCCCGCAAGAGCCGCAUGGAGCUUGUGUGCGGUUCUUGGGGGCUUUUCCUGCCAGACGUACACACAUUUCCCCUUACUUUUUAGGAGGGAAAAAGUGCGUCUUAUGGAGCGAAAAAUACGGUAUAUGCCCUCCCCUCAGUAGUCCACCUUGAGCUUGAUUGUCUUCUAGCACCGUGAGCCAAGAACAAUCAAGGCUGGAAUACAUGAAGUUUUUAGCUGUACCUAUUCACUUAGAAAAUGAUCCUUUAACGUUUCACCACCACCACCAUUACAUUUUACUGCCUGUAAACUCCCAGGUGUAUUUGCACAAGACUACAGAACCCUCAGUCAGCCCAACCUCCUUUGGCAGUUUAAUCUGUUACCAGGGACUAUGUCUUAGGUGAGAGACUUCAACCACUUCAGGAGACAGGCAACUGAAAACAGAUGCAUGACUGAGAUUCAGAAAAAAAUAAUACCUUUUAUUAUUAUUUUUAAGUGGUGCUAAGGGAACUUUGUUCCAGCUUGCAAAGUCUCUCAGGGAGGUGGUUGGGGCUGUAUCCUGUGUGUAUCCUGCUAGGCUGAACUCAAGUUUGCUUUCAUUUCCGGCUUUAGGAACGGCUAGGAGGAUGAAUUCGGAAAGAGAUUCGGAAACUACCUUUGACGAGGACUCCCAACCAAACGACGAAGAGGUGCCAUAUAGCGAUGAUGAGACAGAGGAUGAAUUGGACAUUCCGCCUCCUGUCGAGCCAGAGCAAAACCGCAUCAACAGAGAGGUGGAAGUGACUCGAGAUACACUUAGAAAAGGUGAGUCGGACGUGAAUGAUUCCGGAAGGGGAAUGUAAGGUGAGCCUCGCUGGAUCACGUCAAAGGCCCAUUCAGUUCUGUGUGGAAUGGCCAACCAGAUGUCAAUGGGAAGCAGGGCCUGAGUGUGGCAGGACUCUCCCCACUUGUGGCACCCCCACUAACUAGUAUAGCUAGCAGACAGAACACAGCUAGCCGCCAUUUAUAGCCUUAUUCUCCAUGAAUUUGUCUAAUCCUCUUUUAAAGCCAUCCAAGUUGGUGGCCACCACUAGGGCCGGCCCUCACACAAGGUGGUCCACAGGAGCAGCAGCUCCAAGGAAGUCUUCGUCUGCUGCUGCUGCUUCCACUGUGGCAGCGAAAGCCGGGCCCACUCCUUGGAAGUGGAAUUUGCCACCUCCUUGGCUGACUCCCCCUCCAAUGCUGCCCCCACAGCGGCCUCUUGGAGAAUAGGAGAUACGGCUGGUCUACUCCCACCCCCUAGGAAGGAAAUGGUGGGGGCUGCCCUCUGGGGUCUCCUGGGCUGUGCACCUACCCAACAAGAUUCAGAGUGGGUCCAUUUUCCUCAUUGCAAUGGCCUUUGAUUUCCAUUUGACCAUUGAGUAAGGCUGAUUUGAGUUUCCCAACUUGUUUCUGAUGGAGAUCUUCACUCACCCCUUCUUCCCUGGUGUGGUGGUGGUGGGUUCCAUUUUGUGGUGGCAAAAUGUAUUGGGCCAGCCCUGGCCAUCACUGCACCGUAUGAAGUACUUUCUUUUGACUGUCCUAAAUCUUCCAACAUCCAGCUUCGUUGGAAGCAAUUACUCUGAGCGUUAUGUUUUUACUGUUCAGUUUCCAAAACACCACAGGGUCAUUCCUAGAUUGAUCCAACAGGGAAACUACCAAUGUGGUUUGGAAGUGGCAUAAGCCUGUUUAAAAUGAAAUUUAUUUGGCCAUAUCCUCUAAACAACUGGCUGAAAAUGCACAAGCCACAUUUUAUGCAUGGGUUUUCUUAUUUUUAUAUUAUUUGUACAUACAAAGUAUACUAUAAAUAUACAAUAAUGCAUAGUAAUAUAAUCAAGAUAAGAUAUGGAUGCAGAGAAAACUAAUUGUCUAACUUAUAAAUAUAAAACAAGGAGUAUAAAUCUAUGCAUGAAAGUAGGAAAUAGGUAUGUGGAUAAAUAGGUUGCAAUAUUUAACUUCCUAUAUAUUUUACACUAGCAUAUAAACAAUCCUUGUCCUAGCUAUUUCCAACUCUGUUUUUCACAAGCUUUGAAUUUUCAAGUUGAUGCAAAGCAAUACUGUAAAAAUUAUCACUUCCCCCUUCUUUUAACCCUCAUAAACCACCACAUUUUAAAGCAUACUUUCUCUACUUUUAUUAACUUAGUUUUUCUGGCACUCCAGAAAAAUCCCCCUAGAAUAUGCAAUGUACUUCCAAAAAUACAUAAUUCGUUUCUGCUUAGAUGAACUAGCCCACUUCUCAACAAGAAAACUCAGCAAAGAUAACAGCUGCAGUUCUGAAAUUUCUUCCAGUAAAUGCUGAGAAUCCCCAGAACUACAACUAUUCGCUGCCAGUUUUUGUCUGUGGAGAGGUGGUGAUAGAAAUUCCCAUAAUCAUAAUUUCAGGACUUUGCAAUGUAGAUUUUGAAGGGGUAUAUACUAUCAGGCUCAGGGUGCAAUUUGACACAAACAGUGCAUUCACACAAGCUUGGCACACUCUUUAUGGGGCAUUUAUGCAUAAACCAAUAGCCAGGGUCGAUUUGAUUUAAAUCAAAUUGAUUUGAAUCACGAUUUAAAUCACUAGUCAGUAAGACUUGAUUUAAUUCUUUUUUUUUGUUUUACAGAAAGACUCAUUCUUGCCGGUAUAAUCUUAAUAUUUACAAAUGAGAAGAAGGGCCUGGAACUCUUAUUAGUUGACUGGCAAGCACUUCAAGGUCUUGCCAAGGACUUACAGAUCCCAGUUACUAUUUCCACACACACCCCUAUUUGAAUUUGCUUCUACGUUCAGGUGCCUAUUCUGUACAGUUAAGUGUUAGUGCAUUUGUUGGAACCCAGUGGGAUUGGGAAGAGGUUGCCAGCCCUGAAGUGCCUUCAGCACUUGCCUCAAGUCUGAGUUGCACAGACAUGCAACUGACUCACACAAUUAUUACACAAAGAUCCCAAGAAUUGUGGAGUAUUCCGCUCACAAGGUUGCGCUUUCAUUUUUACUGCUUCAUACUUAGCUACUUGUGCAGAUCUGUUCCACUCCAAACAAUCUGUUCAUUGAACCUCUUGGAACUUAGUGUUUAAGAGGGGCUGAUUCUGUGUACAGUGGUGCCUCGCAAGACGAAAUUAAUCCGUUCCGCGAGUCUCUUCGUCUAGCGGUUUUUUCGUCUUGCGAAGCAACCCUAUUAGCGGCUUAGCGGAUUAGCGCUAUUAGCGGUUUAGCGGCUAUUAAAGGCUUAUCGGCUUAUCGGCUUAGCUGCUAAAAGGCUAUUAGCGGCUUAGCGGCUUAGAAAAAGGGGGGGGAAGCGGAAAAAAAUCUCAAGACUCGCAAGACAUUUUUGUCUUGCGAAGCAAGCCCAUAGGGAAAUUCGUCCUGCGAAGCAACUCAAAAACGGAAAACCCUUUCGUCUAGCGGGUUUUCCGUCUUGCGAAGCAUUCGUCUUGUGGGGCACCACUGUAUAUAAAUUUGCAGCGGAACAAUGGGAUUAAGGUCCCCCCCCCGCUCAACUCUGUGUAUGUUUAUUUUACAACAUUAUUCCUGUGAAGAAAAGGCAUGUUAUCUCUGCAGACACAAAUUCACACUUUUGAAAACUGCAAAAACAAGCAUCUGUGAUAAUAGCUUCUUGUUAGAAAAACUACCCCAAAUAAUCUUACAGAAACCUCUGGAAGAGCGUGACAUUGUGAAUGGAUUAAUGGAAUUCAUUUACCAAAAAAUUAAAACAUUGCAUAUAAAGCCUCAUGCAACAUUUGAAAACAAAUCCUUAUUUCCUGAAGGACUAUAAUGUAAGUUAAAUAGAAAACUAUCUUUAGAAAGAUUUUUCCUCCGAAAGCAUUUUAUUUUUAAAAAUCCAAUUUAAAUUUUAAAAAAAUCCAUUUUUUUAUUUUAAAAAAUCAUUUAUUUUUAUCCACCCUGCCAAUGGCUCUACUUCAGGCUUCCUCAAACUCGGCCCUCCGGAUGCUUUUGGCCUUCAACUCCCAUGAUCCCUAGCUAGCAGGACCAGUGGUCGGGGAUGAUGGGAAUUGUAGUUUCAAAACAUCUGGAGGGUCGAGUUUGAGGAAGCCUGCUCUACAUGCUGAUGUGAAAAGUAGGUUUGAGAUGAAGAAAAACAGUUGUGGCAGUAAAUUAACUUUUCUCUCCUCUGGAUCCACCAGUAGAUGAGUCAUAAGGAUAACUUUUAAGUGAGAUUUCCAGUCUGUUCUUUGCUAAUUUUUUAAAAGACAAAUGGUUGACAUCACCACAAAUUACAUCGUAUUUACCUGGGAUGUUCUCCCCAAGGUCAUUCCGGUAGUAAAGCUUAUUUCUCUCUCCCACGGCUAACUUGUUCUCCCACUUCUGCCUUAGCGGAAGCAAAAGUAAACAGCUUGUAGGUAGUUUUGAAAUUAUGCAAAUCAAGGGAAGUUGUUUGGAAUUCCUUAGGUUUCCCUUGUUCUGUUAAUUCUUUGAACAAGGAGUAAAUGUUUAAAAGCAGAACACUCACCAUUUGUUCCACUGCUCAUCUUUGUUGCAUUUGUAGUUUCUUUUUGAUCUUGGGUAUGCUAAGACUGCUAACUGGGGAGUGGGAUGGGGGUCCUAACCAUUCUAGCCUUCAUAUGCUGGUGGGAGUUAAUAAAUUUCCUGCUUUCAGUCACUUGAUUAUUAAGUUCAUGAUUGUCACACUUUAUGGUUUUCAUUUUUUUGUUUUAUCUUUCAGAAUGCGGCUGGCAAGUUAAAGCAAAUGAUUGUGCCUUCUAUGAACAGCCCCAAUUUAUGAAAACGGCUUAUCUGUGCCUUAAGAAAAGUAAAUAUGCAGUAAGUGGAUUUAAAAUCAUGGUGUUGAAGGGGACCUUCACCUAGUCCAGGGAUCAACUAGUCGUGGUUCAUUGGUUUUCAUUACUGGAGUACAAAUCCCAUCAUCCCUAAGCAUUGGCCCUAGAUAGGACUGAUGGGAGUUGGAGUCUAGAGAACCACAAGUUUCUUAUCCUUCAUCCAUUCUAAUUCAACACCUGACCUGGAGGAAAAAGUUCCUGCAGGUUUCUUUGUGUUUUUUUUAAUGCCUCGUUUUAUCACUCUUUAAAGCACAGCACCAAACUCUUCGAUAACAUGAAAUGGGUUACACCAGGGGUCUGCAAACUUUUUCAGCAGGGGGCCGGUCCACUGUCCCUCAGACCUUGUGGGGGGCUGGACCAUAUUUUUUGGGGGGAAAUGAAUCAAUUACUAUGUCCCACAAAUAACCCAGAGAUGCAUUUUAAAUAAAAGGACACAUUCUACUCAUGUAAAAACACGCUGAUUCCCAGACCAUCUGCGGGCCGGAUUUAGAAGGCGAUUGGGCCAGAUCCGGCCCCCGGGCCUUAGUUUGCCUACCCACGGGUUACACCUUUUCACAGUACAUGAACACCCCAUAUCCAUUUCAUAUGACUUGUUCAAGGUGGUUACUAGUGGGAAAACUAUAAUGCACUUGCCUAACUGAAGGAUGAUUUCACUAAAUGAUAACGUUUCACAUGAAAUGCUACCUUGUUAGUAUAUUUAAUGCUUUUUCUGUAAUAUGCUUCUUUGUCUUCUUCCACAGGGGAAUGCAAUCAAAACCUACAAGUAUAAUCCCAUUACCUUCUUGCCACUGAAUUUAUUUGAGCAGUUUAAAAGGGUCGCCAACUUCUAUUUCUUGGUUCUACUUAUUUUACAGGUAAAACAGGACUGUAUAAUUCAUUGUGGAGACUGGCUCACCCACCCCCACCCCUUUGUGCCCCAUUUAAAGCAGGUGUGUGAUGAAGUACAACUCUUCAUAGGUGGCAGAUCUUGGGGUCUCAAAUUUCAGCAGCACCCUGUGUGAUGUCAAAAUUCAGCACCCCUCCACCUAUCGCUCUUCAUUCUGAAUCGUAGUUAUGGUGCCCCCAGCGGUGACCCCAAGACCCAGUGCGACUGAACUGGUUGUUCUCCCCUAAAUCUGCCUUUCCUCCUGCAGCUGAGCCUAUUAAAACUGAAGGGUUGGGAAAGUCAGGUACCAUUAUCAGUAGGAAAUGGUCAAAGAGGAUAUCUGGGUUGAUUGAUUUUUAAAUUUAUUAUUUUAGUGCAUGAACGAUGGAGCAUGUAGGUGUUAGGGCUCAGAGAAUCACUCCACCCUGACUUGAGAGAACAAUGGCUCUCCAGCUUUCAACUUUUAAAGUCCUCCUCCCUGCGUAACUGCAAUUCCAUUCAUUCCUGGAGGAUCAGCUGUGGUGCUGGAACUGGUUUUGAGCUUAACGUGUAGAUGCAAGCUUGUCUCGGUUAACAGCAUGCUCUGCUCUCUCAUUACACCUGCCUGUUUACUUGCUAGUGCAGCUCUUCUUCUGACCAUUGCUGCCUUUCCAAACGUACCUUAGUGGAGGUUGGGGGGGGGGACAGGACUCCCCAUGGUGCCAGGCAAGGAGAGUUAACAGUUCAAAGGUAUUUACUGUGUGAAAAUUUGUACUGUAUAUUGAAAGCCAUGUGGUCUACUACUGAGAUAUGGCGUCUACAGAUGUGUAAAACACCUUGGACGUAAAUGCAGGGUAGUAGGUUUUUUUUUUUUUUUAAUUUCAAAAAUAAUAAAUACCGUAUUUUUUGCACCAUAGCACUCACUUUUUUCCUCCUAGAAAGUAAGGGGAAAUGUCUGUGCGUGUUAUGGAGCGAAUGCCUGCAGGUGGCGGAGGGGAUCUGCUGCAGUCGUGAGCAGAGGAUCCAUGGUUCCCCUUCCUUCCCUCCUCCGUGGCUCGCUUUGAAACAGCAAAGCGGGAGAAGAGCCGCGGAGUGGGGAGGAGAGAGGGACAGAGAGCCUGCUUCUUUAAAGGAGCAAAGCGGGAGGGGAGAGGAGCCUUCUCCUCUUAUACCCCUCUUCUUCAUUAUUAGCAGCAUCCUUCUCCACCCACCCCACGUGUGUUCCUUGUCCCUUGAGUGCUUUCCCUUCCUUCCCCACUUAAAACGUGGUUACAAAGCAUGGAUCCACAUGGAUCCUCAGGAUUUUUGCACUGGGUCACCCCAAAUUCACCAUCAGAUCACCUAGCAUGUCCAUGGCUACAUCUUGCACCAAAAAAAUCAUGCACCCACUGUUGCCUGGGGCCACAGUGGUGCAAAAACAUGGUUACAAAGCAUGGAUCCACAUGGAUCCUCAGGAUUUUGCACUGGGCUAUUCCAAACUCACUGUCAGAUCACAUGUCCGUGGCCACAGCAUGAACCACAAAAAUCAUAUAUCCACUGUUUCGUUUAGAAUAUUUUUUUCCUUGUUUUCUUCCUCUAAAAACUACGUGCGUGUUAUGGUCUGGUGUGUGUUAUAGAGCGAAAAAUACGGUACAUACAUAAAUAUUCCAUUUUUUCCCCCUUGCAGUGCAUUCCUCAGAUAACCACCCUCUCAUGGUAUACAACUCUGAUACCUUUACUCUUGGUUCUCGGCAUCACUGCGAUAAAAGACCUAGUGGAUGAUAUUGUAAGCAUUGUUUUAUUUAUGUAUUCUUCCUCUUUUUACAUUUCAGGGUGUUUCUCUCCCCCCUCCCCCGCAUUAUAUUGGGGUAGUUAAAAUAAUUGUCACAAUAAACCUUCCUGAACCAAAGAACAAAAAGGGUGAAUGACAAAUUAUAAUUGUAACAACAGGUCAAUUGGUGACCUGCAACAAAUAAAUAGAAGAGAGAAUUGUGUUUUAUGCCAGCCCAAAGAAUGAAUCUGCGAAACCUUUGUUCCUAGCAUGAUUAUUCACCGCAAUUGGGGCUUCCCAUUCUUUGCCUUCUGACCUAUCAAGGAAUGUACAAAGUUUAAUUUUGUUCAUUCAAAAUAGAAAUGACGAUUACUGCUAUUACUGUUUCUUAAGUUUAGUAGCCACUUUACACAAACAUCUCCAAAAAAAAAAAAAAAGGUCUUACAAAUAAUAGUAACAUGUGCAUUAAUUGAAAGCAAAGCAGGAGGAGAUCAUAGAAUCAUAGAACUGUAGAGUUGGAAGGGACCCUGAGGAUCAUCUAGUCCAACCCCCUGCAAUGCAGGAAUAUGCAGCUGGCCCAUACAGGGAUCGAACCUGCAACCUUGAUGUUAUCAGCACCAUGGUCUAACCAACUGAGCUAUCCAGGCUCAACCAUAUGAACAACCCAUUCCCUGUCCACCACAGAUAGCAAAGCAAAAACAAACACCACUCAGUUUCCUGGGAGAAGAUAAACUUAUUUGGCUAAAGAUGUCAGUGUUGGUGCCAGGCGAGGCUCCCUGGGGGAGAGAAUUCUGUAGACGAGGGGGGAGGACACAAGCCCAUUCCCUUGUUGCCAUCCCCUGGAUAGUUCCUAGGGGUGUGGGAAAUAGAGAAGGCCUCUGGUGCUGGGACAUGGGAACAUUCAAUUAGAAGAUGAUGUUCUGUAAGGUAUUGGGGUUCUAAGCACACACGCCUUCAUUCCAACUCCAUUCAUUCUUCUGGGCUUAAGGAGCUGUGCUGAAGGAGUCAUAUAAGUUGCCCAGCUGUGCUUUAAGACAACAGCAACAACGAUAUAGGUUCUUUUAAUCUCUUUCCCUUCUUCUUCCUUUUUCUUAGGCUCGGCAUCGGAUGGACAAUGAAAUUAACAACCGCACAUGUGAUGUAAUCAAGGAUGGCAGGUAUGGUUCUAUAGGUGUCACCUUAACUAUUGUCUGUCCGAACAGCCAUCACUCUGCACUAAUCAUACAUGUUUCAAAAAGGUUUUCUGUGGAAAGUUAGCAUGGCUGUUUUUAAUAAUUUUCUGCACAGCCAGAAACUGAGAGGGUUGAAAUAUUAUUAGUUAAUAUUACCUAGUAGAAAUGACAUAUAUUCCUUGAGAGCAUUCAGCCUUUUUCCUAAAUAUUAUCCAGUUCACUUUUUAAAUAUAUAUAUAUAUAUUAUUUCUCUCUACUUAAGGUUUGAAAAUACAAAAUGGAAGGACAUCAAAGUUGGUGAUAUCAUCCGUCUUAGGAAAAAUGCCUUUAUUCCUGUAAGUGAAAUGCGCUCUCUCUCUGUGUGUGUGUGUGUGUGUGUGUGUGUGUGUGUGUGAGAGAGAGAGAGAGAUUUUUUUUUGCAGUGUGACGGCAGUAUCAUUCACAUGCAUUUAAUUUGCUUUAUUCUUUAUUUAAUCAGGCUGAUAUCCUGCUGCUGUCCACUUCAGAACCUAAUAGCCUUUGCUAUGUAGAGACAGCUGAACUAGAUGGGUAAGGGUUCUUUCUCCUAACGUUUACCUCCCCAUAAUAUUAAAAAGUUACUCUUCUUUGUAGUCUUAGCCUUAGCCAUGCUAAAUUCCCAGUCAACAUGUGGUUUUUUUGGUGCUAUGUUUUAAAACUUGCUCUGUCCAUUUUAAGGUUGCGUGGAUUCAGAAAAGCACAUUUUGACCCAACGUGCAUAGGAUAAGGAAAUACUGCUCUUAAACAUAAUUAGGUUGUACAGUGGUACUUUGGUUCUUGAACUUAAUCCAUUCCGGGAGUCUGUUUGACUCCCAAAACCAUUUGAAAACCAAGGCGUGGCUUCCAAUUGGCUGCAUGACUUUCCUGCACUCAAGCAGAAGCCACGUUGGAUGUUCGACUUCCAAAAAGCAUUUGCAAACUGGAACACUUACUUUUGGGUUUGCGGCGGUCCUUCAGCAUUUGCAGGAAGACUUGCCUAUAGAGAGAGAAAUUAGCCUGAAUGAUAAGGGGCUUACACAGAGACAGGUGCAGCCAUUUCUGUGGUCCUGGCUUCAUACAGCCAUUUCCCCCCCGAUCUUCUGCUUCUGUAAUCAUGGUGCAAUGCAUAUUCUCCCGUUGUGAUCAAAGAAAUGAAGAAAAGGCCUGCUUGCAUGUCUAAGCAGGCUCCAGGUAGCUUCCCCAAGCGGUGCUUAAUAAAAUCUAUGUGCAACAAAUGUGUUAGGAAAACCUGUUCAGCCUUGUUGGGAUUAACAUUUUAUAGCACCAUCAUCUGAUUGACCCAAAUGGACAUGCACCACUGUGUACUCUUAUACUUCAGUAGCAAAGAACACCGUGUGACAAAGCACAUCUUGUUGCUCAUACCCUUGUUGCUCUCUUUGGAGCCCUAGGGGUUUUGUUUGCUUUGUGUGUUGUUCAGCUGAUGUUUUGUUAGAAACCCACAGAACAGUAGAACCGAAAGCUAAGCUAAGGUUCCUUUAAAAUUUCUAAUGGCCCAUUGUCCCUAUAGAAUUUGCAACAUUACAACUUUGCAUUUCCCUCCUGUGCUUCAGUGAAACCAACUUGAAGUUCAAGAUGUCUCUGGAGGUGACUGACAGAUACCUUCACCAAGAGGGCGCCUUGGCAGCAUUUGAUGGUUUGUACAAACGUGCAUUUCUUCUUAAUUACAUAUGAAUAUGUAACUACCAGACUUUUAGAAGACAUCUUAUGCCAUGUCAAGACACUGGACCAACUAAUGCAGGAUGGUCCAGCAGCAGGUCUGCAGGUUUGCAGACGGAGACUUUCCCAGCUAGUGAUUUCAACUGAGAACUGUGCACGCAAAAGCCGUGCUUUACUAAUGAGCUACAGCUGCAAGUACCUAAUGCCACUGAAGUUACAAAAAGAGGGGAAAGCCAGUCUCUUUCAAAAACAAAAGCCUGGUUUGCACAACACUCUUUCCUGAUUGCUCUCCUGUGAGCGGUGAGGGAAGCAAGGUUGUGUCAUCUCUUCCUCCUUGUUCACCUGUGCUGUGCGCCUAUCCUAGGAGAUGACUGUUUCAGCAAAGGCUUUGCCACUUGCUGCCCCAAAUGCCUUCUCGGUAGUGGCACCCACCCUGUGGAAUGCCCUCCCACCAGAUGUCAAAGAGAUGAACAACUACCAGACUUUUAGAAGACAUCUGAAGGCAGCCCUCUUUAGGGAAGCUUUUAAUGUUUUACAGACUACUGUAUUUUAAUACUUGAUUGAAAGCCGCCCAGAGUGGCUGGGGAAACCCAGCCAGAUGGGCGGGGUAUUAAUCAUCAUCAUCAUCAUCACCAUCAUCAUCUCCCUUUAGUCAUAGUCAGCAGCACUAGGCUAGGUAGAUGAACAGUGUUAAGCUGAUGGCAGAGUCAUGUCUUCAUGGGGCCUGACUGCAGUGGGCCAUCACUUUAGAAGUCUCUUCCCAAGGGUAUAUGUUUGCACCUUUUCUACCGGUUUUCGAAAGAACACAAAAGCCUUAAGGGGGAGGGGGGAAGCAUCUAGUCAGCUUUUGAAAAAGUUUGGGUCUGUUUUUAUUCCGCUGACACUGUUUUCAAUUGCUGUUGCUGUUAUAUUUUUAGACAUUUUGUGUUUAUACUAUGGUUUUUAUGGCUUGGACUGUUUUGUGUUUUAAUAUGUGGUGAGCCACUUUGAAGCAGGUCGCCCUGAAAGGUGACCUAUAAAUAAGCAACAGGAUGUGCACAAGACGGUACAAGUUGGUUUGGCACCCAAUUCAGCACUUUGGAAAACAGCUGAUCUCAGUCUGAGUUGGCUCAUAGGCCAGUGAUGGCCAAACUUGGCCCUCCAGCUGUUUUGGGACUACAGUUCCCAUCACCCUUGACCACUGGUUCUGUUAGCUAGGGAUGAUGGGAGUUAUAGUCCCAAAACAGCUGGAGGGCCAGGUUUGGCCAUCACUGUCAUAGGCUGCCCAAUUUGGCUUGUGUCUGGCUAAUUUCCACCCCAUUCAUGGUUGGGAAACUAAACAAUUGCAAUAACAUUCCCCCCUUUUUGACAGAAGUGGAUGACAUCUGCAGACGUAGUUCUCUUCUCACUGGAUGCAGCCUGCUAAAUUCCAGGCAAAUAGGGGCAGAGGAUUUUGUUCUGGACACUCCCAAAAUGUGUUGUUUUUCCUCCCAAACAGGAACUACCUGUGUUUUUUUUAUUAUUAUCGGAAAUAAUUGGGUGAAAUUUUCAGGCAAGAUUGCCCCUUCUGAAGGCAUGAAUCCUGACAAAUUUCAGAGCUAUAUCUGUAGUAGUUUUCACACAAGGGUAGUCAUUUGGUGUUGUGGGUAUUUUUUGAGGGGGAGGCAGAAAAGGGUUCGCUUAAAUGACCCCAGUGUUUUGAGAUCUGAAAAUUGCAGGUAUGGGGGGGGGUCCCCUGAGUAAGAAAGCUUUUCUGUUAGGCACCUUAAUGCUUGUUGAGCAUUUCAAAUAAUUCCCUCUUAUUGACAUGUCGGUCACGAUGAAGCUCUCCAAUGAUUACGGACUCCAACUCCCAUCAUUCCCAACCAGCAUGGUGAAUGGUCAAGGAUGAUGUGAAUUGUAGUCCUGCAACAUCUGGAGGGCCACAGAUCCCCAUAUUUGCCAUUGCUUGUGAUUACUCCAUAGUUUCCAUUUAUCUCCUGUGUAGAACCACUUCUAGCAUCUGAUCACAUUCCAGUCAGAUACAGAUGCAUAUUUUUUUGCUAUAUAACAUGCUCAUCCAAAUCUCCUCAAUAGUUACUGAGAGGUCUCCUUAAAUUGUCUUACUAUAAAUGUAUUGCAGACUUAUCCAUUGUAGGCUAAAAGGGAACUGCAAUCAGUGAGUUUCCUUUUUUCUUGAUGAUUGAUCUGCUUCCUCCUUUGUGCCUGUAUGUUUUUUACUUCGCUUCCAAAUGCUGUCUUAACCUCAUCCCCUGAAACAUUUCUGCCACAGAGACCAAGUCUACAAGUGGUACAUAACUAUAUGUAAAAACUGCAGUGCAUUUCUGCCCCAGUUGACGCAGUAGGAAGCUAAGGGGUGUUGUUCCUUCAAACAUCUCCUUUUAAAUAUUGUACUUUUGCAGAAUUCAUUGCUUAAUAUUUAAAGGCUUACCGUGAAAAUGUUUUAAUACAUUCUUGUGACGUGGUGUUUUUUCCCCUCUCCUCAUUCUUUUUUUGAACUACCACACCAGGUUUGAUAGAAUGCGAAGAGCCCAACAACCGACUCGAUAAAUUCACAGGGACUUUGAAGUGGAAAGGAAAAAGCUAUGCUUUGGAUGCUGAUAAAAUCUUGUUGCGUGGCUGCAAAAUCCGGAACACUGACGUUUGUCAUGGGCUUGUCAUAUUUGCAGGUAUCUGUUUUGGAAAUGGAAUGCUGCUGCCUGUUUAAAUUAGAGCUGGACCAAUGCAAUAACCCCAGCUUUUUUCUUUUUUUAUUAAUUAUUUCAUGCGGUUGGGGUGUAAUUGUUGACAUUGAUUGGCAGGGCUGAAUGUAGGAGUCUUUCUUAGCCCAGCCUGGAGUUGUUGGAGGCUGAGCCCAAAACCCUCUCCUUCACCUAAUGCCAUACCCUCCAAUAUGUUGAGUCCCCAAACUGAGACAUGCUCCCACACGAGUCAUGUGACCUGUGAGGGAUCAUGGAGACCCAAAAAUGUGUUUUGGGGUGCUGCGUGAGAUCGCUGCUCCAAAAAAGUGGGGUUUUCUUGGGGGGGGGGCGAGAUCUUGGCAAGAAGUCAUGUGAGAUCAUGGCACCCAAAAUGGCUGCUGAGAUCUUAUGUGGGGGGGAAAUGGGAUGUCCCGGUUUUUCUGGGACACUUGUAGGGUAUAUAAUGCCCCAUCCACAGAUUGAUUCAGACAGGGAUGAAAUUAUUUGGGGAAGGGAGGUCUUUUUACCUUAACACAAGGUAGUGAUUGUUUUUUUUUAAAAUAAAAUACAAAAGGCUUAUUGAAGCUUGCAUCUUUCCCAUGGGGCAUUCUGCUUUAGACUGGAAUGCCCAUAGGUUCUUGUGAGAAGCCAAACUAAUGGAAGCAUCAGUAAGGUCUUUUUUAAAAAAACUAAGAAAAGGAAAUUACUUGCAUAUUCAUGCAAAGAGACACCCCAAAAUGUCUUAAAAUCCUCCCCACACCUCUAUAUAAGUCACACAAUACGCACUUUUGCACGAGAGGAAUAUUCCUAUGACAGUGUAUUGUGCCUGGGAUAUUCAGCUUACUGUUUUCAGCAACAGAAAUAGCAGCUUUAAAAAAUAAAUCAUUUGUUAGAGUUGCCACUAUAUUAACAACACAAGUAUAUACAUUUCUGCUUAGAAGUAAGACUCAUUGUGUUCAAUGGAUCCUACUCCCUCACCUAAAUCUAUGACAGAUAAUCAAAUGUACUUAUAUUAUUUAAAAUUAUUCAUGUUCAUAGUUGUCUUUAGCCGUUAAGAAAGCAGUUUUAAAGUAUUCAUAUUUGUUUAAAAUUCAGUGACAUUUACACUGCAGUUUUUAAUAUGAUUUUAGGAGCAGACACAAAAAUAAUGAAAAACAGUGGGAAAACACGGUUUAAAAGGACUAAAAUUGACUCCCUUAUGAAUUACAUGGUUUAUACGGUAAGAAGUUUUGUGUUUACUUUUUGCUUUUAGAGCUUACGGGAGCUGUAGCGCUUUACUGAUCGCUAGCUUGCAGCUCUGUGCAAAUUAAAUAUUUAUUUUGCUUAUUGACAGAGUCAUUUGUGUACCUAGCACAGGCUCUGCAAAGGCUUCCUGCUUGCUUCCAUACUGAAGUUUGUGUGGGUGGAUGGUUUUCUGUGAGUGAGGCAGGUAGAGAGAGGCCAGGACUUGCAAACACAUAGAAGUGUCAUGCAGAGAUCUGCAGGUUUGGCUUUCCCAUUUGGCAACUCUUAAGCGUUUCACCUUAUGUGCUUUGUUAGGGUCACGGCCGGCAUUUAAAAAAAACACCUUACCUGGAGAAACAGGUUUUGCCACAGAUACUUGCUGCUGGCUAUAUCCAAACUAUAGUUCUGCAGCGUGGGCAGCUUUUAAAGAUGGUUUGGAAGCUCCGGUUGGUGCAUAGCUGUCAACUGUCCCUUAUUUGGUGGAAAAGUCCCUUAUCCCAGCGCUGUGUCCCGCUGCUGUCCCUUAUUGAUGAUGUCCCUUAAAUUUCCCAGGUUUCAAAGGAAGCAGCUCCUCUCCUUCCCUCCCUGUCGGCCAGGGAGGAGGGAGGCUCCAACUGUGUUGCUUGGCUGCGUUGCUCACCCAAUAAGGAGUCUAAGAACGACUGGGGGGUGGAGCUUGCAUGCCUUGUGCCGAUCAAAUUGGCCGCGUUGCCUGGGGACUCACCUUUGCUCAGCGCUUCCCAGCAGAGAGGUGACGGUGGUUUUCCUUGCUGCAUCCCCUUUGCCGGGUUGCUGCGCUGUGGGAACCAUCGCUUGAGGCUUCGUUUGGCUGCUGGCUGGGUUUUCUGCCUUUGGCUCGGAAGGGCUCAGAAGUUGAACAUACCUGUGUUCGGAAAAUCCCUUAUUUUGGCUGCUGAUCCCUUAUUUUCAAAUCUGUAAGUUGACAGCUAUGGGUUGGUGCGGAGCUGUAUUCGCCAACCUGGUGCCCUCCAGAUGUUGUUGGACUGCAGUUCUCAUCAAGCCCCGUUCAGAAUAGCCAAUGGUAAAAGACAAUGCAGAUUAUAAACUAGCAACAUCUAGUGCGCACCGAUCUCUCUCGCUCUCCUGGCUUCAGGGAUAGCCACGCAAAGCCUCCAGAGUGCAGCGGGAGCGCUCCUAUUGCUGUGCUCCGGAGGCUUUCCGUUGCUUUUGCUGAAGCCAGGAGAGCGAGAGGAAUCGGUGCGCAGCGAUCCCUCUUGCUGUUCUGACUUCGCUUCGCUGGAGAGGCACUGCACAGAGAGGGAGAGAAUAUAUAUUUUUUCUUGUUCUCCUCCUCUAAAACUAGGUGCGUCUUAUGGUCGGGUGCGUCUUAUAGAGCGAAAAAUACGGUAUCUUUAAAGACCUAAGCAGUUUGAUGCAUAUGGCCCCUACACUGAUGGUUCCUAAAGGGGUCUUAAAGACUUUUUUUGUUUCAUUCCACGUUGCUUAUAAUUGGCAUUUAUGUCAGUACUUUUCUGCUUCUGGUCUCCCGAUGCACUAUUUUUUGCUGUUUUGUCCGCUUUUAUAUGUGUCAUAGUCUGGGCUGUUGAUAUUGAUUUAUCAGGUGCUCUGAUGCUUCUUAGCUUGGCUGCAUUCACAUGUAACACUGGCCAUAAAUCACAAUUAGAAAAAUUAACCAGUGCCUGAGCUGCGUGCUUCGCUUUAUACCUGCCCCCUCCUCUCAAGGAAGGCAGAAGCAAGCUAUGGGGUGGCUGGUUUAGCAUUAUGCAGUGAUUUUUUUCCUAAAAAUAAAUAAAUGUUUAGGGGUACUCUCAUUUUCCUACUCAAAUUGAAAUACUGCCCCUCAAUGAGGCCAAACUUAGAUUCACAAAAUGUUUAGGGGUAUGUGUAGCCCUGUGUCCCCCCAGAAAAAAAGCACUGGCAUUGGGACGCGGGUGGCGCUGUGGGUUAAACCACAGAGCCUAGGACUUGCCGAUCAGAAGGUCAGUGGUUCGAAUCCCCGCAACGGGGUGAGCUCCUGUUGCUCGGUCCCUGCUCCUGCCAACCUAGCAGUUCGAAAGCACGUCAAAGUGCAAGUAGAUCAAUAGGUACCGCUCCGGUGGGAAGGUAAAUGGCGUUUCCAUGCACUGCUCUGGUUCGCCAGAAGCGGCUUAGUCAUGCUGGCCACAUGACUUGGAAGCCAUACGCCGGCUCCCUCGGCCAAUAAAGCGAGACCUUUUCUUGUUUCAGUGGACCUAUCCAGACACAAGAUUUGGGUACAACCGUUUUUAAACUUGUUUUAAUACUUUAAUGGCUGUUUUUUUAAAAAAAUGCUUCAGGUUUUUUUUUUAAUUGCUUUGCUUUACUUUCAGAGUGGAUCUACACAUAGGAAAAAUGCUAUAAAUAAGUUAGAAAUUAAGUUAUAACAAAAGAAAAAAAAAUGCUAUGUGGAAAUCACAAAGAAAUUUUUUUUGCUCUCUGGCGCCAUCUGGUGCUGCAUGUUUAUAACAUUGUUUUUUGACCAAUGUAGCUGAGUCCUCAAGGGUACUGUUUUAUCACACAUGGGUUCGCCGCCCGGGAUUCCUUUGGGAGGAAGGGUGGAGUGUAAAUGUAAUAAAAUAAUUGCUGAAUGGUUUUUGAGGCUUUUUUUAAAGAAAAAAACAAGUCGAAAGCCACUUUGAGAGCAGCAACCUUGGUAGCCUAUACGUAACAGAAAAUAAAAGAAUUCUGCUGCAUCUGUCAGUGAUUCCUGUUUCUAUUCUUUUCAAGUAUCAGUGAGUUGAUGGCUAAUUCUUCUUCAUGGCAGUUAGUCUGGGAAGCAGGAAAGGAUUAAAACAUGCAUGAGCUUCAGCUAACCUUUUACAAAGCUUUGUCGCCUUAAUGUUUUUUCCUCCAGAUUUUCGUUUUGCUCAUCUUAGCGUCAGCUGGCCUGGCUAUUGGGCACACCUAUUGGGAACAGCAGAUUGGCAAUUCUUCUUGGUACCUCUAUGACGGAAAGGAUGAGACCCCUGCUACCAGAGGCUUCUUUAACUUUUGGGGUUACAUCAUUGUCCUUAACACCAUGGUCCCAAUUUCCCUCUACGUGAGGUAACAAAUAUAUGUAACUUCACUGCAGUUCUGCAUGCAAGCAUUGAAAUUGUUAUAGGUUAAUGAAAUCUCAGUCUGUCCAAGAAAUUUCCUACAUAAAUAGUUUCUCCCGCAGACUAUGGGUUCUUCCAAAUGGCCAUUUAUUGACCAUUAACCCUGAUUUGUUUAUUCAACCUGUGUGUGGAGAUUAUAUUAUGUCAUUGCUGAGAUUUUGUUCAAAUUAGUUUGCAUAGAGAUUAUACAGUGGUACCUUGGUUUUGAAACUUAAUCCGUUCCAGAAGUCCGUUCCAAAACCAAAACGUUCCAAAACCAAGGUGCACUUUCCCAUAGAAAGUAAUGCAAAAUGGAUUAAUUUGUUCCAGACUUUUAAAAACAACCCCUAAAACAGGAAUUUAACAUGAAUUUUACCCUCUAACAAGACCAUUGUUCCAUAAAAUGAAAGCAAUAAACAAUGUACUGCAGUCACACAAUCAAUCAAUCAGUAGCUGAACUGGGUUCCACACAGUUACAAAAACAAAAAGAGCCACAAAAACAAAAACACAAAAUAAAUAGCAAAAAGACAUACCUCAGCAUCACACUCAAAAUGGAAGUGUGCUAUUCAGAACAGAAGCGUAACACUCAAAAUGGAGUACGUUUGGCUUCCAAAAGAAGUUCGCAACCCGAACACUUACUUCCGGGUUUGCCGGGUUUGGGUUCCAAGUUGUUUGAGUACCAAGGUGUUUGAGAACCAAGGUACCACUGUAUAAUAUUGCCCGAUGUCACCAUUAUCCCACAAUUCCUAAUGCAUUUCUUCAUCACUUUUCCUACUACAAAAAUAAAUUAUUUUUGGCGAAGUGGUUUUUUUAAAUCCAAGAGCAGAAGAGCACUAAAUCCACUUCAAUUCUGUAACCUAAAAUUGUGGGUAUACUACAGAAUCAUACCCAUAAAAGGUAUGACAGUUUGGAAGCAGUGCAAGGUUGCAACAAUAUCUGUUUGUUUUUCUUGUAAGUGUAAACAUGAUUCAGAUAUUCCCCCCUGACAAUCCUGCCCCUUUUUACAAAUACCUUCUUCAAAUAAGUCAAUGCUAUCAGUUAGUGAGCAUACAAGAAGCUGAUCUGAACAGCCUCCCUAGAUUUAACAGUUAAGAAUCUUGCAUGGUUUGCAGAACUCCAUAGUUUUGUUAAAUGCCCUGCUUUUGUACAUUGAAGAUCUCGAAGCAAGGAUAAUCAUCACUGUUAUAUCUUACUCCCUCAGUGUUGAAGUGAUCCGUUUGGGCCAAAGCUACUUCAUCAACUGGGACUUGCAAAUGUAUUACCCAGAGAAGGAUACAGCGGCAAGAGCCAGGACAACUACUUUGAAUGAACAGCUUGGACAGAUCCACUACAUCUUCUCAGAUAAGACGGGCACACUGACGCAGAACAUAAUGGCAUUCAAAAAGUGUUGCAUAAAUGGACAGUCCUAUGGUAAGUCUAAGCAUCACUGGAGUUUCCCAAAGAAAUUGGUUGGAUGCCACGGAAAUAUUAGCAGGAGGAAGUGCUCCUUCACUUACUAUCAAAAAUUAUAGAAUUCACCACUGCAGAAUAUUGUUCCGUAUCCUAUGUUUGCCAUACUUGGAGGCAAACACAUUGAAAUUAGUGGGCGCUACUAACUUAAGUGUAUUUAUUUAACGAUUUGUUUAUUGCUUAACCGUGAACAAAACCUCUAAGUGGUUUGCCAAAAACGCAGAAUAAAUGCUAACAUUUUCCAUAAGAACAAAUGUUAAAAACAAGUUUAUUUUAAAAAUCAGAAUAAAUAAAAUAACCAUUUAAUUUUAGUUUACGGUGUAAACUUUUAAAUGUUAAAAUGCACAUCAGCUUUACAUGCCUGGGUGCAUUUGUCAAAGCAGAAAAGCUGUCAACAGGCAUGGAAGAUAUCAAUGGGCAGAGAGUUCCAUAGGAGCUGUCUCAUGAAAAAAAAAUGGCUCUUUGCGAGGUGCUUUAAUUUCAGUUCAUCUCCUCUGAGUAGCAUUUAGUUGGAUGCAAACCAUGGUGAUGGCCACCAGCUUUUAGAUGGCUUUAAGAGAUGAUUAAACAAAUAAAUAGAGGCUGAGCCGACCAAUAUCAUUGAGCACUGUGGCUAAUCAAACAUUCACAUGCCAGGACUGUGGAAAAGCAGAUCCUGGGAACAGGGAACCACCUGUUCUCUUCGUUUGCUGCUUGUAUGUUUCUUUACAGACACUGGCAGACUCCUGAAAACAAAUUUUGGUUGUAUCAAAUUUUGAUAUUUAUAUAUAUCUAUUUUCCUUGCAGGAACGUGCAGGGAUAAAACAGGCCAAGAACUGCAUCAUCCUGAGGUAGGUGACUUUCAGUAGCAAGCAAUACAUCCCUAAAAAGAGGCAGAGAUAUGACCCUUGGCCAACUCCAAAGAUAACUUUCUCUGAGGCUCCACCCCCAUCGUUCUGCCCGGACACUGAGGUCCAGCACUGUGGGCCUUCUGGUGGUUCCCUCACUGCGAGAAGUGAGGUUGCAGGGAACCAGGCAGAGGGCCUUCUUGGUAGUGGCACCUGCCCUGUGGAACGCCCUCUCAUCAGAUGUCAAAGAAAUAAACAACUACCUGACAUUUAGAAGACAUCUGAAGGCAGCCCUGUUUAGGGAAGUUUUUAAUGACUAAUGUUUUAAUGUAUUUUUAAUCUCUUGUUGGAAGCUGCCCAGAGUGGCUGGGGAAACCCAGCCAGAUGGGCGGGGUAUAAGAAAUUAUUAUUAUUAUUAUUAACCUCAGAUGGCCAGCCUGUGACAUAGAUGCCAGAAGCAUCAAAGGAAGCAGGAGUUUGUGAAACACCUGGGAGGUAGUUGGAGGGUCAGUGAGGCUGGCUACACAGCUCUUACUGUCAGAAAGUUUUUCCAAUUUUUUUUUUUAUGUUUUAUGGGGUACAGUUGGACUUACACCUGCUUCUCUACUGCUGACCUUUCUCAGUAAAGGUUAAGCUGCCCCAACUGUCCCAGGAUGUGGCCUACAUACUGUUUAUACUUUGAACUGGUUGUGCAUUGUCUGAAAGAUAGACUGUGUGCACUAACACAUUAUUCACAUUCCCUUCUUGUGUAGCAAGUUGACUUCAGCUGGAAUAUGUAUGCAGAUGGGAAGCUCACCUUUCAUGAUCAGUAUCUGAUCGAACAAAUUCGGUCUGGCAAGGAACCUGAAAUUCGACAGUUCUUCUUCCUGCUUGCAAUUUGCCACACAGUGAUGGUGGAUGCCUCUGAUGGUAAGUACUGCAUCCACAAAGAAUCCUCAUUUUAUAUACACUGAGCUGACCCAAUAUUCAUUGAAAUGGAAUGUUUAUAAGACAGCCUAGUUUAGAAUUCUACAUCUAUACAGCAAAAGCUGCACUUUCGUGCAUCAGGUGUUACUACGAAAUUGCAAACUGCUGGCAAAUACACGUACUAAUGAUGUUGCCAAGAAGCCCCUCAAGGCUUUUCAUCAUCCCUAAUAUCAUAACAGUCCCCUCUCCACACUCUAGUGAGGUUAUAUUUCGACUUAAUGAGAGCCAGCGUGGUGUAGUGGUUAAGAGCGGUAGUCUCGUAAUCUGGGGAACCGGGUUCGCGUCUCCGCUCCUCCACAUGCAGCUGCUGGGUGACCUUGGGCCAGUCACACUUCUCUGAAGUCUCUCAGCCCCACUCACCUCACGGAGUGUUUGUUGUGGGGGAGGAAGGGAAAGGAGAAUGUUAGCCGCUUUGAGACUCAUUCGGGUAGUGAUAAAGCGGGAUAUCAAAUCCAAACUCUUCUUAAUAAACUGGCAUGUGAAUGAGUCUUGCACCUGCACACAUCCUGCUUCCUCCCUCCUUUCUUGGAACAAUUAAUCCUGGAGGCCUAGAAUUAACCAGAGUUUGCUGUUCCGUCUGAACUGGGAAACAAUGGUUACCAGACUAAGGGAAAAGCCUUAUGCCAACCCCACAAAAAUGGUUCAAGGUCUGGCAUAUUCUGCGCCUGCUAACCGAAGUGUACAGGUUCAGAUGUAGUGGGAAACUGAUUAAUUGAGAACUUCCAGGGUUAUUGCAGCAUGUCAGGAAAGGAGGGGCUGGUGUGAGAACAGAACACAUGGGCAAGAGACUCACGCAUAUAUUAACUCACGCAAUUCUCCCAUCUAUGAAAGUUUUCUAAUUUUUUGUCUUAAUACUCUAGGUGAGCUCAGCUAUCAGGCGGCCUCCCCUGACGAAGGAGCAUUGGUAACUGCAGCCAGAAACUUUGGUUUUGCUUUCCUUUCACGGACACAGAAUACUAUUACAAUAAGUGAGAUGGGAACUGUGAAAACUUAUGAAGUUCUUGCCAUUUUGGACUUCAACAGCGAUAGAAAGAGGAUGUCCGUUAUCAGUGAGUAAGCUGCAAAAAAGAAAGAAAGAAAAAGGUUCAUAAAUCCUAAAACCAUGUGCUAGAAGGUCUCUCUGCUGGAGGUGGAAAAACACAUCAACUGUGCUCUCCGCCCUUUUUUUAAAGGAGCAAUAACGAAAGAAUUAAUGAAACCUCCUUACAUAAAUAAUUUGUAUACUUCCAGCAUAGCAGCAGACCAGCCCAUCAUCUUAGCUUUACAGCACUGAUGCCCUUCAGACUCCAGUCUUCAAACCAAUUUCCCACAAGUUUUCCCAAUACAGUCCUCCUCCUCUCGUUUUAGUCUAAGCAUGGAGGCAAUUUGGGAAAGGGCCAUAGCUCAGUGGUGAGGCAUCUGCUUUGCAUGCAGAAAGUCCCAGGUUCAGUCCUCAGCAUCUCUAGGUAGGGCUAGGAGAAACCCCCAUCCGAAAUCCUGCAGAGGGACUCAGUAUGAUCUGAUUCCUUAGGAAGCACUUCCCUGUGUUCCUUAAAGGGUCCAGCAUAGGCCACAUGAAGGGGGAAUGCAUUUUUCCUAUAACACUGUGUUUCUAAUCCAUCUGUUGCUUUUGUAGCAAGAGAACCAGAUGGCGCAAUCAAGCUUUAUUGUAAAGGAGCGGAUACAGUGAUAUAUGAACGGCUGCAUCCAAGGAAUCCUACGAAGCAUGCAACACAGGAAGCAUUGGAUGUAAGUUGGGUUCCGUAUGUUUCUGUUUUGCUUUGUUUGCCAUGUUCCUUUCCUUUCCUUUCCUUUUCGUAUUCCAUAAAGUUCAAACACUGCUGGAGUCAGGAAUAGGUUGGCAAUUAUAGAAUUAAAUUUUUUAAAUUAAUUUUUCAUUUAUGACUAUCCAGUGCAGGCCACAUUAACACAAUACCAAAUCAUCACAAAAGAGCCAAUUAAUCAGUUCUGAAUUAAACAUUUUUGGAUGGCUUCCCGUGUUCUGGCUAUCAGGAGUUGAUGUCAUUCCUUGGUCCUGCACCAGUUCUCUUAAGCAGUCCAAGUUCCACAAUUCCGAUCUUAAUCCUUUAGUUUUGCAGCCACUGAUGUAAUGACUUUCGAUCGUAUUUAGUGAAGGAAUAGGUCUGCAAUUGUAGAAGAGCAUGAGAAGAGCUCUGCUGGAUCAGGCCCGUGGCACACCUGAUCCAGCAUUCUGUUCUCAUAGCGGCCAGCCGGAUGCAUGUGGGAAGCCCGCAAGCAGGACUGUCCUGCUGUUUCCAACAACUGGCAUUCAGAAGCAUUUCUGCCUCCAGCCAGCCAUGCAGGCAGAGCAUAGCCAUUGUGGCUGGAAACCUUAUCAUCCAGGAGUGUGGAUUAGGUGACAGUUAUAGGUGUGACCCUCCAGAUGUUGUUGAACUCCAAUCCCCAUCAGUCCUAGCCACCAUGGCCAAUGGUUGGGGAUGAUGGGAGCUGUAGUCUAACACCAUCUGGUAGAAACAAAUGCUGACCACCCCCCAAAAAUUGGCGGACUUGCUGCAUUUGUUUCUACUUAGAUUUCUCUGCAUCUCUUUCAGUUAUUCCAAAAUGCCUUCCAUUUUAUUCACAAUCCCUGCUUGGCAGAGUGAUACCUGUCAAUCUGUUUUUGUCACAGAGAGCUUUCUCAGAUCAUAGAAUUGCAGGGUUGGAAUGCAAAUUCAGGACUCUCAACUAAAGCAUCCUCGACAGAUGGCCGUCCAACCUCGACUUUUAAAAACUGAGACAUUCUUGUUCCUUCCCCCUGGUAGAUCUUUGCAAAUGAAACCCUAAGAACGUUGUGCCUUUGCUACAAGGACAUUAGCGAAGAGGAGUACGAGGCGUGGAAUAAAAAAUUCAUGGCUGCUAGUGUUGCUACAAGAAACCGUGAUGAAGCUCUGGACAAGGUGUAUGAAGAAAUUGAAAGAAAUCUAAUUGUAAGUCUAUUGGGAGUGGCUGGGGAAGGGAGCUUUUGCUGUCUGCUUCCACACUUGACCUUGCAAUACUUCCUAGGAGGCUGUCAACUCAAACAGCAUUUUCUUAAAUGCACACGUGUUUUUCUGGGCCCCUCUCUCUUCACUGCUUGGAUGGCUACACGUUUAUUUUCCUUUGGCACCCACAUACAUGCAUCCUGACGCCUGAACAACUUCUCUGCAGUAGAGGAGCAAUGGAUCCAAACUACAAGAAAGAAGAUUCCACUUAAACAUUAGGAAGAACUUCCUGACAGUAAGAGCUGUUCGACAGUGGAAUUUGCUGCCAAGGAGUGUGGUGGAGUCUCCUUCUUUGGAGGUCUUUAAGCAGAGGCUUGACAACCAUAUGUCAGGAGUGCUCUUGGCAGGGGGUUGGACUCGAUGGCCCUUGUGGUCUCUUCCAACUCUAUGAUUCUAUGAUUCUAGGCUGCUUUGGCAUACUAAAAGUUGUUGUAAGUUGCUUUAGGAUGAUCUUUUCCAUGUGGAGAUCAUGGGAUUGUAGAGUUGGAAGGGGCCACAAGGAGCAUCUAGUCCAACCCCCUGCAGUCAGGAAUCUUUCACCCAAGUGGGGCUUGAACCCACGACCCUCAGAUUUAGAGUCUCAUGCUCUGCCGGCUGAGCUAUCCAGCCUCCUAUGUCUGGGUAGGGAAACCUCUGGCUUUUGAAUGUAACCUGAUAGAUUCUGUUAGUCAUUUCUAGCAUAGCUACACCAUACAUUUAAAACACAUCCAUCAUGCGGCUUCACCCAAAGAAUCCUGGGAAGUGUAGUUUAAGGAUGCUGGGAAUUGUAGCCCAGUGGAGGGGGGGAAGCUACAGUUCCCAGGAUGCUUGGGUGGUGAGGAGUCAUAGGCUUCAGAUCUGACAACGGCCAUACUAAAAAUGCUUGUUCUUUAAAUAACCGGCAGCUCUUAGGUGCCACAGCAAUUGAAGACAAGUUGCAGGAUGGAGUUCCAGAAACAAUAUCCAAACUGGCGAAGGCAGAUAUUAAGAUAUGGGUGCUGACAGGCGACAAGAAAGGUAAUGUGUAUAUAAAUAGCUGCUUCUUAUUUACCCAAGGGGUGCGAAUGCAAAGCGAAUAGCUCUGUUCCAGGGCUUUUUCCUUGUGGUUUGAAUUGCUGUCGUAAGUGCAGUGCCGGCAUAUGCUUGUGAAAAGUCAGGUGAGCUAACAGAUCAUGACACGGCAUUUUGUUGUUCUGUUGCAGAAACUGCAGAAAACAUCGGGUUUUCCUGUGAACUCUUAACGGAUGAAACAACUAUCCACUAUGGAGAAGACAUCAGGUAAACAGGAAGAAAAACCCUGGGGUUUUCUUUUGCAUGCAAGGGAUCUCUACUGAAUGGAGUCACAGUGUAGGCUGGUCCAUUAGGACAAAUAGAGCAUGUUAUGUACUGAAGAUCUCACCCUGGGCCAGCAGGGGGAUACUGUAGAUAGUUCAGGUCCACAUAUGCAAAUAAGGGAUCGAAGUGACGUUCAGUGAUUGGAUAGUUACAGAAAAUGGUUACUGUUGCGUUCCAGUGGAGCUCUAUAUAAGCAGGCUGGCCAAACCCUUCAGUUCAGUUCUGUUCUGGCCUGUGAAUAAACAAGACCUGUUUAAAGAAUUGCUGUGUCGUCUGAUAUGUUCACCCGCAACUUAACAGAGCACAGGAACCAUCAUCCUCAUUGGCCUAAAUCUACCUCACAAGGCAGUUGUGAGGACAAAAUAGGAUAACUAUUUUUCCUGAAGCCGGGUGCCAUCAUUAUAUAACUUUAGGCACCAGACAAAAACUUUCCUCUGUAACUGGGCCUUUGGCCUUUAACUAUCUGUGGCCUUUGAGAAGCGAGUGGGAUGUUUUUUUAAUGCAUUUCCUUUUCGUCUUAAUGUAUGUAUGGGGUCGGGAGUUUUCUUGUCUGUAUGUUUUGUUGUAAGUUGCUUUGAAAUGCCCUGGGCAAGAUAAAGCAACUAACAAAUUUAAUAAAUAAUAAUAGCAACAACUCUUACACACACCUCCUGUUAGCUUUUAGGAGGAAAGGUGGAAUAUAAAAAAUUUGGGGACUGGAUGAAUGAGAGAAAUAGUACUUUAGGUUGAUGUAGUAACCUGUACUUAGGAGGAUAAUUCUAAGGGUUUGUUAAGGACUGGUGCCACUAACUUGGACAGCUGUUGAUCUGUAAAACAGUGGUGACGAACUGUUUUUCUGGCUACUUGUGCUACAAGUCCAGUACAGAAUAUUACAGUGCACAAAAAGUUAUCUGAGCCUGGAGACAGUUUUACCCUCCUUCUUCUAACUGCUGUCCCCACCCUCCCACUCAAUGUGACACAUACAUGGGAACCCCAGUUAUAGGGAAAACAUUCGGUGAAUUACAGGUGGAGAGAAGUUUGUGGAGGGGAUGGUUAAGCCUCCCCUCUCACCUGUAGCUUCUCUGCUUUUACCUGCCACUGAGUCAGAAAAAGAAUGACUCAGGUUUGUAGACUCACCUUUGCUACAGGGGUUUAGUUCCUGGUGAAAUACCUAGGAUUUCUUGUUAGGGUAAGAUUAAGGAAUUUCACAAUCAAGACUAAGAGGUUUCAGAAGCCUUGUAGCUUUUCCAGCUGCACUGGCCCCCGGUGGAGUACAGGGUCAGAUUUAAGGUGCUGGUUUUGACCUUUAAAGACCUCCACGGCCUAGGACCCUUGUACCUACGGGACCGCCUCUCCCGGUAUGCCCCACGGAGAGCCUCAAGGUCCAUAAAUAGCAACACCCUAGUGGUCCCGGGCCCUAAGGAAGUUAGAUUAGCUUCAACCAGAGCCAGGGCCUUUUCAACUCUGGCUCCGGCCUGGUGGAACGCUCUGCCUCAUGAGACCAGGGCCCUGCAGGAUCUGAUUUCUUUCCGCAGGGCCUGUAAGACAGAGUUGUUCCGCCUGACCUUUGGCUUGGAGCCAAUUUGAUUCCCUCCCCCUCUUUCUUUCCCUUUCUCCUCCUGCGAUGAGGUUUCAAUAUUUUAAUGUUGUAUUUUAAUGUUGUUUUUAAGUUGUAUUCAUUCAAUUUGUUUUUAUUAUUGCUUGUUAGCCGCCCUGAGCCCGGCCUUGGCUGGGGAGGGCGGGGUAUAAAUAAUAUUAUUAUUAUUAUUAUUAUUAUUAUUAUUAUUAUUAUCAGUGUAAUAUGCCGAGGUUCUAGAAGACUUUGGAGCAAAUGCCACUAAGACCAACUUAAAAUAUGCUGUAGGUUUUGUACACCAUUCAAUUGCAAAGUGGCCUUUCUUGCUAAAUCCUAGUGGCAUUUUCUUGGACAUCUUGAAUUGUUACACCCAUCGUGGUUAAAUAGUAAGAUUUUGCUUUUGCCUCUACACCUAUUUAGUGCUCUUCUGCAGACAAGGUUGGAAAACCAGAGGAACGUAGUCGGAUCAAACACGAAUUCAUCCCAAAGAAGCAACGAUCCCUUUUUUGAGUCGGGUAGAAACCGUGCCCUAAUUAUCACUGGCUCAUGGCUGGUAAGUAUGGAUUAGAGGUGCACUGAUUACUUUGAUGUAAGAGUUUUCCAUACCCAAACAGCGGAAAAUAAAAUGCUAAGAAUUUAGCGAAUCAAGGCAGGUAAGCACAUGGUCUUGCAAAGCCACCAACAUCCAUAUGGAACUAAAACUGUCUUCAUAUUCAGGAAAUUGGAGAAUAUUCAUAAAGUUACUCCUUUUUUAAUGGGUCAAAGCUUUUUGCCUUUCAUGCUUCCUGUGGAGUCAUGGAGUUAGAAUAUUUGCUUUCUGUUUAUCUAGCUUGUUUACCUAGCUCAGUGAGAUAUUUGGCCAUUUGAAUAAGUGUAACAGGUGUACAGGAUCAGAUCAAUCAUCCUUUGGGACAUACACACAUACCACUGACAGCAGGCAGCAUUUUCAAUAAGGAUAUUUUACUGUAUAAGGUUGUUAAUGAUUGUGUAUUAUUAGAAGAUAUAUCUGAUGGUGAAUGGCAUUGCAGAAGGUCUUUGCAACUGAUCCACAGAGAUGUUUAUAAGCCCCUUUCAGACACAUCUUGCAGUACAGAAUCAAUGUGGCUACUAAGCCAAAUACUCAUAAGCAACCUGAAGGCAAUUUUACUGAUGAUGUAUGACUUUAGAUGUGUCAAGUCAUUGCAAACAAAACAGGUAAAACCUCAACAUGCCAUUUUUAUAGGGGGUGGUGUGCACAUGACCCCAGAUUCACUUUCUAUCUCUUGUGGUGUUUUCAAAUUCUAAUCAGAUUUUGAGUUGCUCUAUGCAUUUGCUGCCUGUAUUUAGACUUCUGAAUUACUUUGCAAUAAUCUUUCAAUGACAGUGGAUGAAAUUUUUCGGACCACUUCAAAGGUCUCCAAGCCUCCCAAAUUGCAGUUAAAUAGGUCUAGGGACCUUUUGUGGAGGAAGUAAAAGGGAUGAGGAGGGGGGAAAUGUGAGUUGGUUGAUUUCUUAGCUCAAAAUAAUUAAGAGAUGGCAAAGUAUAUAUUCUUGCUGGGACAUUAAAAAAAACCUUUUCAGCCUUCCUAAUCAGCCUUUACAGGUCGAUGACAAGCCUUACAGUAUGAGGCUGUAUAGAAUUCUACAUGUGGAUUUCUGAAGUUCGGGAGGGGGGAAGCAGUUGCUAAAGAAGAGAAGUGUAGAAUUUUUAUUUUUAAAAAUUGAAUAUAAUUUUUAAAUUUAAUUUAAAAAGGUUAAAUGGUGCUUUUAACUUUUCUUUUUAAAACAACAACGAAACCAAACUCCUCUGCUGUGUUCUAACAAAAAAUAACAAUCCAGAACUCUUCAGUGCUCUAUAGGUAACGUUUAUUACAGCCUCUCUUCUUGCAAAGCACAUAGACCUAGUCAGACAUAAAGGUAUUACAGUGGUACCUCGGGUUAAGUACUUAAUUCAUUCUGGAGGUCCGUUCUUAACCUGAAACUGUUCUUAACCUGAAGCACCACUUUAGGUAAUGGGGCCUCCCGCUGCCACUGCGCCGCCAGAGCACAAUUUCUGUUCUCAUCCUGAAGCAAAGUUCUUAACCCGAGGUACUAUUUCUGGGUUAGCAGAGUCUGUAACCUGAAGCAUCUGUAACCUGAAGUGUAUGUAACCCGAGGUACCACUGUAUAUAGGAAAGUGUAUUGGCACAGCAAAGCAUGAAUGCAGAGGGCUCUGUGGCUUACUGGUAGACCUGAUCUGACUUGCACGGUGGUAAAGGUAAAGGGACCCCUGACCAUUAGGUCCAGUCGUAUUUGCCUCUUUAUUCAGCCCCUACAGACAGCCUGUGCACACUCCUAAUUUUUAUAGCAACUGGAAGUUUACCGAGAACAAUUAUUUCUUACAGAAUGAAAUUCUCCUGGAGAAGAAAAAGAAGAAGAAGAAACUCUUGAAGCUGAAGUUUCCAAGGACAGCAGAAGAAAAGCAAAAGGAGAUGGAGAGCAAAAGGAGAGCCGAGCUGGUCAAGGAGCAGCAGCAGCAGAACUUUGUGGACUUAGCUUGCGAGUGCAGCGCAGUGAUUUGCUGCAGAGUGACGCCCAAGCAGAAAGCCAUGGUGGUUGACCUGGUGAAGAAGUACAAGAAAGCCAUAACCUUGGCCAUCGGGGAUGGUGCUAACGACGUAAAUAUGAUAAAAAGUAAGUGGUGCACGCAUUUAUUUGUUUUUUGCCAAAACACAUUUGUUUAUUUAAAUGUUUAUAUGUCUCCUGUUGUGAAAACAACCAAGGCGGGUUACAAUAAAGUCCAAUAAAAAUCCAGUAACAACAGUAAAAGAAUACCAGCGGUAUUAACAGUCUGUACAAAAUGUAACUUUAACAGUUUCCGACAGAUGCCUGUCAAUCAGUAGCCUGGAAAGGCCACAGUAAACAUAUGGAACAGGGCUGCACUGGUACAGUUAAGACAGAAAACAGGAAGGCUACCUCACCUCCAUUGUUUUUCAAUUUAAAUUGCUGGGGGUGGGGAGGAAUGCACCCAAGUGCAUUUGGGCAAUGGUAUGUCCCAUCUUUUAUUCUUGCGGUAGUAAUGUUUUAAUGCUGCAAAUUCUUUUUCUUGACCCAGUUUGCCAACCACAUUCCUUAUUUUCUGGGUCUACUUUUUCCUUUCUACUAUUUUUGAGAAUUCUGAACUUUUUAGAUGACACAGUACAGUGGUACCUUGGGUUACAUAUGCUUCAGGUUACAUACGCUUCAGGUUACAGACUCCGCUAACCCAGAAAUAGUACCUCGGGUUAAGAACUUUGCUUCAGGAUGAGAACAGAAAUCACGCUCUGGCGGCAUGGCAGUAGCAGGAGGCCCCAUUAGCUAAAGUGGUGCUUCAGGUUAAGAACAGUUUCAGGUUAAGAACAGACCUCUGGAACAAAUUAAGUACUUAACCUGAGGUACCACUGUACACUCAUGUCAGAAUUUAAUGUUGGGAAAGCAGGAAAUAAUGGACGGCCUAGCCUCACAUGCAGUGAAAAUGUUUGUUUUUAAUCUUUGUACACAGCAGGUGAAAAUACAGAUAUGAUUGAUUUAUUAAAAUGUGAAGCCUCUAUGACGCUUAGACCUGGUUUACAUAUAAUCCUAAGGUAAAUAGUUAACGGGAUCAUCCAGACCCGGGGCUUAACAAAGGUUUAUUCACCACAAACAAGCCACACUCUUAACCCGUGGUUUGUUGUUAGUUGAUAAAGCUUGGUUAAUGUUAAUCAUUGGCUAGCAUUAUGUGCAAACCUGGCCCUCAACUCCCUCCCUCCCUUGGUGACUGCUUUUUGUGGAAGGAACUCUCAACUGUGUGUUUUCAUUGUUGUUGUUCUAGCGGCCCAUAUUGGUGUUGGCAUAAGUGGACAAGAAGGGAUGCAAGCAGUCAUGUCCAGCGACUACUCUUUUGGCCAGUUCAGAUUCCUCCAAAGGUUGUUGCUUGUUCACGGCCGAUGGUCGUACAUAAGGAUGUGCAAGUUCCUUCGGUACUUCUUCUACAAAAACUUUGCAUUUACGUUAGUCCACUUUUGGUACUCCUUCUUCAAUGGCUAUUCUGCCCAGGUAAGAGAGAGAAGGGGCGGGGGGGGGCACGUAAAUGUCCAAGUUAGCUCAUAGUCUAAGAAGCAGGAACAUCAGUACCAAAUAAUAUUCAUGAAGUUUUACUCCAAAGUGAAUUUUCUAGAAUUGUGCUGAAGAUUUAAGUGCUGUUCCAGUCAAAACAGUUCCUGGUGACCUAAUUUAUUGUCAAAACAAAAUUAAAAAAAAUUCCUUCCAGUAGCACCUUAGAGACCAACUAAGUUUGUUAUUGGUAUGAGCUUUCGUGUACAUGCACACUUCUUCAGAUACUUCGUGUGUAUCUGAAGAAGUGUGCAUGCACACGAAAGCUCAUACCAAUAACAAACUUAGCUGGUCUCUAAGGUGCUACUGGAAGGAAUUUUUUUAUUUUGUUUCGACUACGGCAGACCAACACGGCUACCUACUUGUAACUAAUUUAUUGUGUUAUGAAGAGAGCCUACAAUUGGAACUGUGUAACUUUUCAACAACUGAGAACUGCAAGAGAAAAAUAAGAUUUGCAGUUAAUUCUGUUUGUGGAUGCCUGUUCUUUCAAGUCUAGUUACAAUCUCUUGACUGACUCUCUCUCUCUCUUUACAUGGGAGAUAGAAAAAUGAUGUAACCAAAUUAUUAUUAUAUUGUUUAUUGCAGACAGCUUAUGAAGAUUGGUUUAUCACUCUCUACAAUGUAUUAUAUUCCAGCCUGCCAGUUCUCCUCGUUGGGUUGCUUGACCAGGUAUGCCAACAAAGUCAGAAUUUAUUUCUUUUAAAAGCAGUUCAGACUUUGGGAUGCCAUGGAAACAGCUGACCUGAAUCCUCUGUGUUAGUGACCUCCAUCCUGCUCAAAAGCACUUACCUGUGGUUGGCUCUAUUGGUAUACUGUAGAACUAGGAGCACAAAUCCUGUAGCUACCUCCCACAUCAAGGCCACACCUUCAGACCUGCCGAUUCUAUCAUAGGAAAAACCCAUGUGACUCUAGGUGAGGUUGGGUGUUCAGUGAAUGGACUCUUGUAUAACCAGCCUCCAGAGUCCUCUUCCUCUUUGAAUGAGGUUGUUGCUGGCAUUCAUCAGUCUUGAGAGACAAUGGAGCGUGCCUCUGGGGGUGAGGCAAAACCCUGCAAAAAUGCCUGUGUUUCAAGACUUAUCAGGGAGCUAUAUAAAAGCCCUGUGCCUGUAAAGUCUUAGUGUCUUACGUUAGGCACCAGGUUGCUUUUGAGCAACCUUGGAGAUCCCAUCAUAUAUUACAUGCUGAGGAGGCUGCAGAAGCAGAACCAUACUGCUGACAUCCCCCUUAGUGCUGAGCAUGCCACUGGGCCCACCUUCUAGACAUCCGUGCAUUGGUGUGGAUGUCCACAGUGAGGAAGUGUUUGCAUAAGCAGCAUAAGGGAAGACCUGGGCAUUUUCUGGUACCAUAGUGCAGGUAUAUGCAGAGCAAAUCAAAUCAAAUCAAAUCAAAUGAAAUAUCUUUAAUACGGUCAAUGACCAGCAAGAGUAUAUGCAGAGCUUUUGUUGAGCAGUAUGGAAAUAAGGGUGUAACCUUCCACUGGUCAAAGCAGAAACGUAAGUCCUUAUUUAUAUUGAAAUACCUGCAAAUAUUGACCCAGUUUGCUUAGUGGGUUCUCAGAGAUAAGAUUGUGGCUGCUUUGCUCUUCCUCCUCCAAUCUUGCUGCUGUUGUGAUUGGGUUUAUGAUUGGGUCAGCAAACUUUUUCAGCAGGGGGCCGGUCCACUGUCCCUCAGACCUUGUGGGGGGGCCGGACUAUAUUUUUUGGGGGGGAGGGAAUGAAUGAAUCCCCAAGCCCCACAAAUAACCCAGAGAUGCAUUUUAAAUAAAAGGACACAUUCUACUCAUGUAAAAACACGCUGAUUCCCGGACCGUCCGCAGGCCAUAUUUUGAAGGCGUUUGGGCCUGAUCUGGCCCCUGGGCCUUAGUUUGCCUACCCAUGGUUUAGUGUGUCAUCUGAACCAGGGGUGGUGGUUUGUUGUGUUCCAGACAAGACAAAGCUGUAAAUGAAGGCUUGUUCUUGGGUUUCAGUUUGUGGUUUGUCCAGAGGAGACAAAUCAUGAGCAUCGGGUGAGAUGAAACACUAAGCCAAAUCAUGGUUUUGCUUAUGUGCAGUGCAGCAGGACCAGAGGAGAAGCAAAGAGGCCACAAUUGCCUCUCUGGGAGCUCACAUGCUCACAUGUUCAUAGUGUUACAUGCAAACUGGGCCAUUUUUUACUGGGGACCAAUUUUUCUCACUGUUUCUGUAAUUGAGAUAUGGCUGCCUUUCUGUUUUGGAAUUGAAUGUUUCUGAUUAAUAUUACAGAGUAGUUGUGGGUGUGUGUGCAUAUUUUAUAGUUACCUUUCAAGAUAAAAAAACAAAAAUUGCUGUAGUAAUAAAAUUGCAAUGAUUUCUUUAAGGACGUGAGUGACAAGCUGAGCAUACGUUUUCCUGCCUUGUACGUAUCGGGACAGAGAGAUUUGCUUUUCAACUACAGGAAGUUCUUUGAAAGCCUCCUGCACGGUGCUCUAUCAUCACUGAUUAUUUUCUUCAUACCGUACGGUGCUUACCUACAAACCAUGGGGCAAGAUGGAGAAGCACCCUCAGAUUACCAGUCCUUUGCUGUCACAGCGGCGUCCUCUCUCAUAAUCGCAGUCAACUUUCAGGCAAGUAGAUGAAUCUCAUAUAGCUCUUCUGAUGUACACAAAACACAUCAGUGAAAUGGGCAGCUUGGUAAUCAAACUCUCUCUGAUGCUGUGAACACAGAGAUUUAUGGCCAGACAUUGUGUGUGCGGGUGGGAGAUUGAGAAACUGAACGACCAUUUCUCAGUCCUGCAGACCUGGAAAAGUUUUAUGCGAUAUGAGACUGGGUGUGAGGAGGGCUGAGAGAGAGACCCUGUCUGCACUAUACAUUUAAAGCAGUAUUAUACCACUUUAAACUGUCCUGGCUUAUCCCCGCCCCCACCAAGAAUCGUGGGAACUGUAGCUUGUUGAGAGCUGUUAGGACAGUGGUGUCCAAACUUCUUUCAAAGAGGGCCAGAUUUGAUGAAAUGAAGGGCCGUGAAGGCUGACCAAAGGGCCAACCGGCCAAUCAAAGUUGUUGAGCUUUUUUAAUUAGGAUUUUACCCCAGUAAAUAAACUGCCACAGGGGCCGGAUUAAACUGACCGGUGGGCCGGAUUAAGCCCCCAAUACAGACUUUGGACAUACCUGUGUUAGGAGAACUCUAUUCCCUUCACAGAGCUACAAAUCCCAGAGUGGUUUAAGAAUCAAUCCCUCUUCAUAGUUGUCACUCUGGGAACUGUAGCGCUGUGAGGGGAAUAGGAAUCUGACAACUCUCAGCAGCCUCAAUAAACUACAGUUCUUUGAAAGAAGCCCAUGACUCUUUCAGGGGGCAUGAUGCUGCUUUAAAUGUAUGGUGCAGAUGGAGCCCAGAGUGUUGCUACGGCUCUGUCUUGUAGCAACUCUGCCCUUCAUCUAACCCUCACAUCUGUGCAUCUUAACCACUGGAACUCUUGCAAGAGGAGCAGGAAACCUGCAGGAAACCCGUGUGGCCUCUAUCACCAGAAGUAGCAUCUGGCAAGAGUGCAAAUGUGCCGAGUGAUUUGGGCUUUUUGCAGUUGUUCCUUAUUUUUCUUACAAUCCUGCCCUUCCUCUCGUGAGAGACCAGAACACAGCUUUUACAACAAUCAUAAAAACCCAAAGUAAAAUCACAACCCACAACGUAAGCAAGUUAUGCAGGUCAAAGCCGAUUCCACAGUGUUCCAAAGGCUACAGGAAUGAGGAGCUUUUUAGCUGAUACUCCUAUGUGCAAACAAUGCAUGGACGAUAGCCGGAUUUUUGUAAGCAGGGAGUUUCAUGAUAACUCUUUCGUGCUGUCUUCUGAGCACAAGCAACUCCUGCUUCUCUUUGAAGCAAACCCAGAAAUAUUUAAAGCAGGAGAGGCGAAAUGUUGGCUGUGGGAAAUGGUAUGAGGGAAAGGAAAUGAGAGAGAGAGAGAGAGAGAGAGAGAGAGAGAGAGAGAGAGAGAAAUUGCUCUUGCAGUAGACCAGGAGGGCUGAGGGAUGGCUCCCUGCUCUGUCCACUUGAACAUGCGAUUCCUAAGAAAGUCAAGCUGAAGAACAGCUUGGGCAUAGCUGGGAGAAAGUAGCAAAUGGAGGUGCCGGUCUCCUUUGUCCUCCCCUCCCUUGUGUUCAUCUUGCCCAUUGAGAGCCAGUGUGGUGUAGUGGUUAAGAGCGGUAGUCUCGUAAUCUGGGGAACCGGGUUCGCGUCUCCGCUCCUCCACAUGCAGCUGCUGGGUGACCUUGGGCCAGUCACACUUCUUUGAAGUCUCUCAGCCCCACUCACCUCACAGAGUGUUUGUUGUGGGGGAGGAAGGGAAAGGAGAAUGUUAGCCGCUUUGAGACUCCUUAAAGGGAGUGAAAGGCGGGAUAUCAAAUCCAAACUCUUCUUCUUCUGGACAACUUUCUUCAAGGUUUCGCAGAAACUAUUGACACCUCCCACCUGCACUGUGAUCUUCCCUCUUUCUAAUUUCCACAUGUCUGUCUGUUUGCUUCUAGAUGGGGCUGGAUACAUCUUACUGGACGUUUGUGAAUGCUUUCUCAAUAUUUGGGAGUAUUGCACUUUACUUCGGAAUUAUGUUUGAUCUACACAGUGCUGGGAUCCAUGUCCUUUUUCCUGCUGCUUUUCAGUUUACAGGUCAGUACUUAACUAAGUCACCAUAGCUGCAGCCACAUUAGUGACUACAAAUGCCAUGUGACACACCCCAAAGAGUCUACACUAUCCUGGUGUGCCCUCCAUGAUGUCGUUGGGACUAAAAAUCCCAUCAUCCCCAGUCAUGCUGGCUGGAGCUGAUUGGAGUUGAAGUUCAACACCAUUUGGCAAAGGCGAUCUUAAAAGAGAAACAAGAGUUUACCGUAAUUAAAGUUUGGGCCUGGUAAGGCGGGGGCUCCAUUUUAUUCAAUUUCAUUGAAUUUUAUGUAUGGCUGAAGCUGUUGAAGUCCAGAAAACUGACAACAUAUCACAGGCAUAUUUGAGGCCAUGGUUGGUUGGGAACCUAACCCAAUGUACACUAGCAACUUUUAAUGGGGCUGUUGCUAAUAACCACUAAUCUUCAAAUUUGAGUUCGCAUUGGGACAUCAAAUUUCUGUAUCUGUAUCUGGUUUCUAAUCUGAUUUAUUGUUUGCAUUCAUAUAAAUCAUCAUAAAAACAUCACCAUCUUAUUUUUAUUUAAAUUUGUAUUCUGCCCUUAACCUGUAGAUCACAGGGCGGUUCACAACAUAAAAGUAGAAGAUAAAAAACACAAAAUACAGAAUAAAAGCAAGAACGAAAACAAACCAAUAACCCCCUCCCUCCCUGCCUUUUCCGUUGCCACCUUUCCACAAAAGCAGUUAUCGUCAAAGUGGCUUUAGAGAUGGAGCAGGGGCUGGGGACCGCAGAGCUCUGUAGAAGGGCACACAUUGCAGAAGACCCCAGGUUAAAGCUCUGGUAUCUCAAAGGAUCUCAAAUAGCAGGGUUGGUAGGUACACCUGCUGGAGACUUAGAAGUGCUGCUGCAAGUCAGACUAGAUAGUGUUGGACAAGGUAGAUCAGUUUGGGUCUUCAGCUGCUUUUGGACUACAAUUCCCAUCAUCCCUGACCACUGGUCCUGCUAGCUAAGGAUCAUGGGAGUUGUAGUCCAAAAACAGUUCGAGCCCUAAGUUGGGGAAAUCUUGAGGUAGACCAAUGGCUUUGCUUGAUGCAAGGCAGCUUCAUUUAUUACACACACACACACACACACACACACACACACACACACACCACUUCAGCCUUCAUGAACCUGGUGCCCUCCUGAUGCUUUGGGCUAAAAUUCCCAUCAGCCCUGUGCUGCCUGGAGCCUAUGGAAUUUGUAGUCCAAUGCAUCUGGAGGAUUGCAGCAAAGAGCCAUAGUAUUUGGGCCCCAAGAGGCCAUGUGAGAAAUGCUCUGGAAGUUACUUCUCAAAACAUAAACCCAUCACCAAAGCCUUUUUUUUAAUAAUAAAAAAAAGCCAGUAAUUCUUACGGUAAUAACAUUGCAAGCAUGUUUGCUUUCUGUGUGAUACUAUUAGCAUGAAGGGGAGCACCACAGCCAUAGCUAUGUGUGCAUUAUUCUUUCCUCUCUUUUUCCUCCUACAGGCACUGCUCCAAACGCUCUCCGCCAACCAUAUCUCUGGUUGACAAUAAUCCUAUCCGUUGCACUUUGCUUGCUGCCGGUGGUCGCUCUCCGUUUCUUGAGCAUGACCAUUUGGCCUUCGGAAAGCGAGAAGGUACGUAUGAGAAAUGUAGAGGGCAUUAACUUAAAACAGGGCGAGCAGAGCUGAGCUCAACGAGCCCACUGGUCCGUCUCAAUGCGAAGUAGCAUCUUAGGGUUCCCAGCAUCUUCCAGGAGUCCACAGGACUUCACUUAACCUUCUGUCCGUAGCAAGCGAGUCUGCUUCCUUGCCUCGUCGUUAACCUUUCGUGCAACUUUCUCCUUUAAAAGGUCCAGAAGAAUCGCAAGAAGUUCAAGGCCGAAGAGGAAAAGUGGAAGCGGAGGCAAAGCGUCUUCCGCCGCGGGAUCUCUGGCCGCCGUUCUGCUUAUGCCUUCUCCCACCAGCGGGGUUACGCUGACCUCAUAGCUUCCGGGCGGAUCAUUCGUAAAAGGAGAGCUUCGUUAACCGCAGUCCUUGGCAACAAUUUAUCAGAAGUCAGGCAAGCUGAAGAAGCCAGCUGA